AUACUUAGCGUUGUUUUGGUGGCUGGGCUCUCUUUUUGCUUAAAAAUGUGCUUCCCCAGUGUAUAUAUUAAAAAGAGGACAGAGAGCAAGCAAAGUAGUUUUUGUUUUUGGACUGCAGAUCUAUAGCGAUCAUUGUGAGGACUGAAUUUCUAUGUAACACUGCAGCUUGCUGUGUUCAACUGGUCUUGUGUGUACAGUACUUGGUUUGGGACAAUUCUUUGGGAAUUGGCUCUCAUGAUGCUGGCAAGGUGUCCUGAACGUUUUUAAGAAUUCAAUAUUUUCUGGGGUUGGUUGCCUGUGACAAUGAAAACAGUCAGGAGAUCCAAUUGAGUAUUCUCAGGGUAUCAAACUCUGUGAAGUUUAAAUUCUGUGACUGACUUAAAUAGGUGGUACAAGUCUAUACAUGUUUCCUUGGAAGUAAGGACCACUGAACAGAGCAGGAGUUAUUCCGAGGUAAGAAUGCAUAGGAUUGCAACAGUUCUUUAUUGCCAGAGGCUAGAAACUUGAAUGCUAACAAUCCUUUGGAAAUCCCCGUAAACACAAGGGGGACUUGAUAAAUGUUUUUCCUAACCCCAAGCUGUCGGACCUUCUGCGCACCAGUAUUUUCAGAAAUUAUUCCCGGCGACGGUUUUUUGCGGGCAUUUCUACUUCGCGGCCGUAUGGUAGCUCUGGCAACCUGUUGCCCCGGGGCCGCCCGCCUUCCUCCCGAGAGCGCGCGCUCUGGCGCUGCUCGCCUGCGUUUGUCUGGCGCGCGGCGGCGUCAGCCGGGGGUCCUCGAAGCGCGCCCCGCUGCGGCGUGUUGGCGGCGCCGCGUUGCCGGCCGGGCGGCCGCCCUUUGCCGAGGCCGCUGCGCUGCUUUGGCCGCCACGAGCCGCGAUGUAAACAUUCCACAAAAGGGCUCCUGCAGCCACCCAGGUGGGCGGGGCCUGCCUCUCCGCCUCCUCGAGCGACGGCUUCCUCCGCCACCAGCGGGCCUGGGGCCGUGCUUCGCCAUCCAAUGGGCGAACGGGAAGGGCGGGCCUUUGAUUCCGAUACGGAAUUUUUUUUAGCCGUCUCCCCCUUCCUCCUACAACCCUCCUUUCGCAUCCCCUUCCUGGGAGCCGUCGCCCAAUCGAGGCAGCGGAAGCUGGCCAGCGCCGCGCGGCAAUUGGCGGGGAGGCCGAGCGGCGUCAGCGCCGCCCAAUGGCCGUGCGGGAGGCCGCCCCGGGGGCAGGGGAGAGGCGGGAUUUCCCAAGGAACAGAGAAGCGGGCAGUGCUCGGCGGCGGCGGCCGUCCUGAGGCGGUUGGUCUGGGCAACCUGCUCCCUCGCUGCUGCUUUCGCUUCCCUUCGCCCGCUUCCCUUCGAGCGGCGCCCCCGCCGCGAGCUGCCUCGCCGCCCUGCUCGGUGUGGGGGACGCGGGGCGGGCAGACGGAGGCCUGGCUUGGCCUUCGGCUCCUGACGAGGCUCCCAGACCCGCCGCCUGAGGAGAAAGCGGCAACGGCGGGGAGCGAGACGAGGCGGGCGCCUUGAGCGCGAGGAGGACGGCAAGUACGAGGCAGCGGCGGCGCUGAGGUGAGCAGAAGGCGCGAGCGGCUGGGCGCGCGCACGCGCGCUGACAAGACCCGUGGCGGGCGGGCGAAGGGGAGCGUGGCGCGCGCGCAGUGUGUGGAGGGGCGUGGCUUCGCGCCUGUGUCGCGCGCGCCAUCCGUUGAAAGCGGGAGAGGGAGGGAGGAUGGAGGGAGUGGAAGCGAUUCGUUCGGUCAUCGGCACUAAGGCGGUGUCGGCCCCUCUUGUUCCCGCGCCGCCAAUCCUAGGCGGUUCUGGCUGCCUGGCCCGCCCCCAAGUUUCCCCUUCCCGGCCGGCUCUCUUCAGUCUCCCCCCACCCUGCUUAUUCGCGAUGCAUUGUGGCUCCGCCCCCUCGGGGAGGGCGGCGAGGGGCGCCGCCGGGUGGGCGGGGCCUCCCUCUCCCUCUCCCUCUCCCUCUCUCUCCGGUGGCGCUUCCGCGGCCACCGGCGCCGCCUCUGUUCCCCUUCCCCCCUCGGUAGUUUCGCCCAGGGUGAUGCGGCCCCUCCUGCGGGCCGUGGUCGCUGCAGUCGGGAGUUUGGGUCCUUUAAAAAAAAAAAAAAAUCAAAAAUUAUCACUCUUCCUGGAAUUCUGAUUCACUUUCACGACGAAGAGGAGGAGAGCUGCUUGUCCUGCAAGCCUAGCCCCGAUUACUUGGGAGUAAGACCAAGAGGACUUCAUUGUUAUUAACAUUAUCAUUAUCAUUUAUUAAAUUUGUAUACCGCCCUUCAUCCGUAGAUCUCGGGUAGGUAAAAACACAAAAUGCUUUAAGAAAUAGAACAGAAUAAAACAAUAAUCCCCCCUCCCUUCCUGCAAGCACAUUUAAAAGAAUAUAGGUUGUUAGCCAGCCAAAGGCCUUUUUGAAGAGGAACUUUUUCACCUAAGUAUAAUGAAAAUGCCAGACGAACCUCCCUGGGGAGAACAUCCCAGGAAUGUCGCUAUCCUGAUGGCUCACUUUCACCUCAGCUCCAGUGCUCAGGAAUGGAAGGCAGGGAAAGCUUGAGUGGAUGAGGAAGCGUGGCUAAAUGAAUGGAUGUAUUUGCUUUUUCUUCUUGUCAGUGUGGGCACAAAGCUCUUCAACGUGUGGCUGGUAAAAAACCUGGCUAGCAGCUCGGGAGCGCAGGAACAGCCACCCUUUCAUUCCAUGUGCCUGAGAAGCAGCUGCAGGAAGUAGUAGCUGCCUGGGCACCACCUCAUGGCUUUCCAGGCGAGAGCUAUGGCAGUCGUAAAAGCCCCCUUUAAAGGACCUUAUCCGAGGUCAUCAGGGUGAAGUUGGUCUGUUGCCAGAAGAGCGGAUGGUGACAGACCCCGGAGGCCCCUUGUAAUGCAACCAAUCACUUUGAAUCCUUCCUUAAUCACUCAGUUCUUACACUGAUGCCUUUUGUCCUCAGAUGCCCAAGUGUGAACAGAGACAGCACAUUUUGCUUUUCCAGACACUGGGUUGUGCUUAAAUGGGGUUCACUGCCAUGUGCAAUUUUUAAGAGUGGCUGUUUAAAAAUAAUGGUGUUUGUGUUGUGGAAUUUAGAGAGCAGCUAGCUGGCAGUUACUUUCCUCUAUUUUAGGAAUGCAAUUGGAUAUCUAGAAGAGUUGGUUAUAAAUAAUACAUAACUAUUAAAAUGAUUUUUUUAAAGUGACUGUUUUUCCCUUUGAAAAAAUUGCUGUGUAAGUUUCUAGAUUUCUUCAAACCUUGUGUAAAUAUUUUACAUGUUGUGUGCAAUGUUAUUGAAUUUAAUUUAUUUAUUCAGUUUUUUGCUGUCAUGGAUACAACCAUGUCUCUCCACUUGAAGUGCAGUUAUAGAAAAAGAUCAUACUAGUUCUCCUAAAGGUUCCAUCGUAUUCUAUGCUAUGGUUUCAGGGCAGAGUGGUUUUGUGCUUCUUUUACAGGGAUGGAGAACCUGUGGAUCUCUAGGUGUUCUUAACCAUGCCAGCUGAGGCUAAUAGGAGUUGCAGUGCAACAUCUGGAGGGCCACAGGUUCUCCAUCCCUGCCAAAAGCAUUUUGUCAUUAGUUACCAUUGGUUUGGUUUUGUGGGGGAUGGAGGGAUAGGUCAGCAUAGGGUCAGGAUAUUAAACUUCUCAACUCAAAUCUACAUACGUGUUAUACUCAUUCAUUUUAUUAAAACUGCAUCUUGCCUUCUUCAAGGAGCUCAAUUUAGCAUACAGUUUCCCUUGUCUUUCCUUCAGAACGUCCCUAUGAGGUAAGUUAGGCUGAGUGAAAAUGACAAGUCCGUAGUCACCUCUUGAACUUUACAGCUGAAUUGGGGUUUGAAACUGGGUCUGUCCAGUCCUGUCCUACACUCUGACCACUCCACCACACUGGCUGGGAGUAAUCCGCUGGGAGGAAGCUCCACUGAGCUCAGUUGGCCUUCUGAGUAGGCACAUACAGGAUUGUUGGGCAUAGAAUAUCAUUUUCAUAAGUUCUGCAUAGCCAUAUUUUAUGUUUACUUCACUUCCAUGCUUGAGUGGGCUUAUAAACCACUACAAAGCAGUAACAAUAACAUAAAGUCUUAGGACUUUUUAAUAAAAAAAUAUAGGGGAGUGAUGUUAUAGGCGGUUUAGAUCAGGGAGCAUGUGAAAUUACUACUGGCCGUUAUGUGGUCAGUUACACAAAUGGUGUGCAACAAUAUCACCAAAAACAUACAAACAUAGUUUUAUUGGAAACAGGAAAUAAAAUUCUUACUGUAUGUUGAUGCUUCUGAUUUGUAAAUCUCAUGCCUCUAUCUGCAUUAAUGAAAUCUAGAGUGGUUUGUUGCUAUGAGUGAUAUUGAUUGUAAAAGUACUUCAGUGCAGCUGCAUUAAUAUAACAGGGUCUGUGCUUUAUAAACAAACUUGCUGACUCCUAGUGCAAAAGGCUAGGAUUUAGACCUCUGAAUAUGUCCUUGUGACUUUAUCAUGCAGAAAUCUGAAGUUCUUUACUGAUAAUUCAUUCUCAAUAGCCCUAUUCAGGCAGCCUAUUGCCCGGUCUAUUAAUCACCCAAGGGAGACUGAUGGGAAUGAGCAUGCUAGCUUCAUGCCCCCCAUCCUGUCAUCAACUUGUGGACGGCAACUAUGAAGCUGGGGACUUCUGUAUCUCUGAAAAUUCACUGCAAUUUUUUAAAAUUAUUACAGUGGUGCUUUGGUUUACGAACUUAAUCCAUUGUGGAAGUCCGUUCUUAAACCAAAGCAUUCUUAAACCAAGGCGUGCUUUCCCAUAGCAGUGGGGGACUCAAUUUACAAAUGGAACACACUCAACAGGAAGCGAAACAUGUUCUUAUUCCAAAGCAAAGUUCACAAACCAAAACACCUACUUCCAGGUUUUCAGCGUUCUUAAUCCAAGUUGUUCAUAAACUAAGCUGUUCUUAAAUCAAGGUACCACGGUAUUUGGAAAAACUGUGUUCUAAAAUGCAUUGGGACCCACAGCCUACAUAAGUUGGUUUUGUCUACUUAAAAGUAAUUAGAUUUUUAAAAAUUAACUUAAAACUUUACAUUUUUAAAAUUUAAAAAAUUCAGAUUUUACUUCAGUAUAGCCGUACAGUGGUACCUCAGUUUUCGAAUGUCAUCCAUUCCAGAAGACCUUUCAAGUUCUGAAACGUUCAAAAACCGAAAACUCAAUAGCUGACAGCUAGGCCUCAGGAUCUUACACCCAGCGGAAGCUGCGUGGCAUGUUCGACUUUCAAAGCGUGUUCGAAAACCAAAGCAUUUACUUCUGGGUUUAUGGCAUUUGAAAACCGAAAUAUUCAGCAAUGGAGACGUUCGAAAACCGAGGUACCACUGUAUUCCACAGUUAUAAAUGAGUGAAAUGGUUAUAAAAAAUUGGUAUGUUGCCUCUUGCCUUUACUUUGGUCAUAUCCAAGAGGGGAUAAGGUAAUUGCUGAUGAAUUGCUUAUUAUCAAUUUCUUCCUUCAAGGAUUCCACAGUGACAUUUUAUCCUUUUAACAACAACCUUCUGUGGUAGUUUGCAGGGGAGAUAGUGAUUCUUAGACUUUCCAGUAGGCUUCACAGCUAGAGCUUCAGGAUAGAACAGGGAUAGGCAAACUAAGGCCCGUGGGCCGGAUGUGGCCCAAUCGCCUUCUCAAUUAGCGUGUUUUUACAUGAGUAGAAUGUUUCCUUUUAUUUAAAAUGCAUCUCUGGGUUAUUUGUGGGCAUGGGAAUCGUUCAUCCUGCCCCCCCCCCAUAUAGUCUGGCCCACCACAUGGUCUGAGGGAUGGUGGACCAGCCCACGGCUGAAAAAGGUUGCUGACCCCUGGGAUAGAGGCUGGUUGUCUUCAUACUGGGCAGAAGGUGUAUUACUGCUACUGACUGCUCUCAAAACCUAGUGCAGAGUGAAAAAAGCCCUUUCCCCUCCUUGCUGCCCUUUGGAACCUAGGCAAAUUGUGGGGUCCUUCUUAGCACUGGAGCUACUCACAAGCAUGCUGCAAGCAGCCAUUGCGUGUCUCUUAGCCUAAGGGUGGCAAAGGAUGAUGUUGACUCCCUUUUCUUGAUUCUUUUGCCUGUGUCAGAGGACAAGAUUCAGAAUGUUAUUUAAUUUUAUUAUGUUUCUAUUGCGCCCUUCCUCCAAAAAUAUCAGGUACACGGUUAUUUUCCUGCCGCCACCAACUUAAUCUUAAUCUUCCCAACAACCCUGUCAGGGAAUUAGGUUAAUGUCACCUAUUGAGCUUUAUAUCUGAGUGGCUUGAACCUGACACUUCACCAUACAGGUUUAUAGCUGUUUUUCUCCCCUACGUGGCAUGAAGCACAUUAUUUGGUGGAGGAGAGUGGCCUCUCACUUCACAGACAUAGGCAAAUGCAGUUGCCAGGAAGAGGGCAAUCUGGCACCUGCACCUGUAAAACCCUGGUGUAUAUCUUUUGAGUAGGAGGACAUUGCCCUUGAUUAAUUUGUAAAUGUUUGUGCCCUUAUAUUUGGAUCAGUCUGAAAUGUCUGUUAGGGAAAUGGUCGUUUUUAAUAAUAAUAAUAAUAAUAAUAAUAAUAAUAAUAAUAGUUUUUAUUUAUACCCCGCCCUCCCCAGCCAAGGCUAGGCUCAGGGCAGCUAACAAGUAAUAAUAAAAACAAGCUGAAUGAAUACAAACUUAAAAACAAGAUUAAAAUACAACAUUAAAAUAUUGAAACAUUAAAAUGCAGCCUCAUCAGAGGAGGAGAAAGGAAAAUAAAGAGGGGGAGGGAAUCAAAUUGGCUCCUAGCCAAAGGCCAGGUGGAACAACUCUGUCUUACAGGCCCUGCGGAAAGAAAUCAGAUCCUGCAGGGCCCUGGUCUCAUGAGGCAGAGCGUUCCACCAGGCCAGAGCCAGUGUUGAAAAGGCCCUGGCUCUGGUUGAAGCUAAUCUAACUUCCUUAGGGCCCGGGACCACUAGGGUGUUGCUAUUUAUCGACCUUGAGGCUUUCCGUGGGGCAUACUGGGAGAGGCGGUCCCGUAGGUACGAGGGUCCUAGGCUGUGAAGGGCUUUAAAGGUCAAAAGCAGCACCUUAAAUCUGACCCUGUACUCCACCGGGAGCCAGUGCAGCUGGAAAAGCAGUGGGUGAAUAUGCUCCCAUGGCAGGGACCCCGUGAGGAGCCUGAUCAGGGAGUGUGCCUCAUAUGUGCUACUGAACUUUGCCAGACUAUGAUGUCCUCUUAAAACUGGCCUUUUCUCCUUUCCAUUUCUUACAUAUCUUUCUUCCUGAGUAGUGGUUUGAAAUCAGUGGAUAAAGUUCAUUCUUUCUAGUGAGUGCAAAUCAUAUGCAAUGGGGAAUGGAAAAAAUCUGCUUUUGGCUGAUGAAAAAGGUUUGAUUUGUGUAAUGAUGACAUUUGAAUUUAAGCUAAUUUCACCUGCUAAUUGCUGAUGCUACAAUUCUUUUCCAUGCUAAGGUUGGGGUGAGUUGUAUUGCAAAUGAUGCUGGAUAUACUAUGUUGUUUUAUAACUGUGUGCCUUAUCUCUAUCUCUACAUUUUAAGUAUUAGAAGUUGAUAUUUUUAAAAUUAUGGUACUUAAUCUUCUGGGUGAAAUUUUACUCUUUGUUGUCUUAACUAGAAAUUUGUGUUGUUCCUUUGAAAAACACAGUUGGUGGUUUGUUUGCUUGCUUGCUUGCUUGCUUGCUUGCUUGCUUUUUUUCAUUUUCAAGCAAUUCCCAAAUUCCUGUUACAAGUUUGGGAUCUACUUCUGAAUGGUGACUAUUACAGCAGCUGUCUGACCUUGCCUAACCUCUGGGCAAAUCAACAGCAUGUGUUCUAAUGGAUGCAGAAGGAGAGAGAGUGUGUGUGUCUUGGGGAACAAUACAUAGGAGCAUCACUUCCUAUAGUUAAGUGACCUAAAUCUAAUUAGCACUAUCAACUGACAUGUAUGUAUCUUCAGAGUUAAUGGAAGGUUAUGUAUGUUAAUAGUUUCCUUUAGCCUCCUGAGGCUUAGACCAUGCAGAUUAGGACAAAAUUGUUUCAGUUGCUUGAAGGGAUCUGGAAUGAGAAACAGGAAUAUUUAGCAUAUGCGAAGCUUAGCAUUCUUAGUGUUGAGCUUGUAGGUUCUGAUUAUGGUGCCACUGGUGGACGAAUCCUGUGAGUUCUGCUUUUGGGACAGCAGCAUUUUUCUAUCCCUUCCUUGGUAGCCCCUUUGCCUCUUGAAAAAUUGCUCCAGAGGGUUAGGAGACUCCCCAGAGCUGCAUGAGAGGUAAUUCGUGAACAAUGCAGAAUGCACUGCUACUGAAUCCCAGUUCUAUUGGUGAACAAAAGGCAGCCUUUAGUUCAUGGAAUGGUAGUUCAACUCUCAGCCACACACUGGGCUACUUUGAUGUUAUUGUCCUACUAAAAAGCUUGUUUUAAUUUUAAACCCCCCUAUUACAUUGACUCAAAUUCUCAUUGGCACUUUGGUUGAAAAAGGAAAAUAAAGAGGAUAUGCCCUUUUAUUUUAAAAUGUAAAGCAUAUCACUUUCCAGAGAUAAGCCACUUUGCAUUGUUGAAAUGUUCAAGCGGAUUAUAUGUAAACAAGAUAAACUGGCUAAAGUGAAGACGUUUGCAGAGACCAGUACAGCACAACCAGAUCAUCUGGAGGAAGGUGAUUAUGUUUUUGUCAGCAUUUGAUAUUUGCUCUCUCUGAACCUCCCUAUGUAGGGCUCAGAUAGUGGCAUUCUUUUUCUCCUUAACAAUUAUGAUCUGCACAGGAAGUACUAAUAAUGUGUAAAGAAUUCUUGACAAGACCAGUAUAUGUUUGAGUAGGAAGCUGUAUAAUAGUAAAUUUUUAUUUAUACCCUGCCCUCCCCGGCCAGAGCCAGGCUCAGGGCGGCUAACACCAGUAAAAUUACAAUAAAAAUGGGGGGGGGGGCGCAACAAUUUAAAAUACAGGUUAAAAAUACAAUUUAAAAUGCAGCUUCAUUUUAAUAAUAGCCCAUAGAUCAAAACCAUAAGGGGAGGGAAACAUAAGGGUCAGACUGAGUCCAAACCAAAGGCUAGGCGGAACAGCUCUGUCUUGCAGGCCCUGCGGAAAGAUGUCAAGUCCAGCAGGGCCCUAGUCUCUUGUGACAGAGCGUUCCACCGAGUUGGGGCCAGUACUGAAAAGGCCCUGGCCCUAGUUGAGCCCAAUCUAACCACCUUGCGACUUAGGACCUCCAAAAUGUUGUCAUUUGUGGACCUUAAGGUCCUCUGCAGGGCAUACCAGAAGAGGCGGUCCUGUAGGUCAAAACCAGCACCCUGUACACCACCGGGAGCCAGUGCAGUUGGUAAAGCACUGGAUGAAUGUGAUCCCAUGGAAAGGACUCCGUAAGGAGCCUCGCCACAGCAUUCUGCACCCACUGGAGUUUCUGGGUCAGCUUCAAGGGCAGCCCCGCGUAGAGUGAGUUACAAUAAUCAAGCCUGGAGGUGACCGUCGCAUGGAUCACUGUGGCCAGAUCAGGGCAAGAAAGGUAAGGGACCAAUGCUUAAUACAGCGGAGAUGGGAAAAUGCCACCUUUGCUGUGGCCGCAACCUGCGCCGCCAUGGAAAGGGAGGCAUCGAAGGUUACACCCAAUCUCUUGACAGAAGGCACUGGUACUAAUUGAGCCCCUGCAAGAGAUGGGAGUUGGCCCCCCAACCCCAUGUCGUCCCGACCCAGCCAAAGGACUUCCGUCUUUGAAGGAUUUAACUUCAACCGGCUCCCACGCAGCUUAACCAGCCACAGCUUCCAAGCAUCAGGUCAGUGUGUCCGGGGCCGAGUCAGGGUGGCUGUCCAUCAACAGAUAAAGCUGGGUGUUAUCAGCAUAUUGAUGACAACCCAGCCCAAAGCUCCGGACAAUCUAGGCAAGGGGCACAUAAAGAUAUUGAAAAGCAUCGGGGAAAGGAUUGCACCCUGUGGGACUCCACACACCAAGGAGUGCCGCGGUAACAACUCCCUUCCUAGCGCCACCCUCUGUCCCUGACCUGAGAUAAAGGAGCGCAGCCAUUGUCGGACUGUGCUCUGAAUCUCCAUGUUGGCAAGGCGGUGAUCCAAAAGUUUGUGAUCGACCAUGUCGAAGGCUGCUGACAGGUCUUAUGAGAAUCAGCAGUCCUGACCCGCCUCAAUCCAGCUAUUUACGGAGAUCAUCUGUUAGGGCAACCAAAGCAGUCUCGGUCCCGUAACCAGGGCGAAAGCUGGACUGAAAUGGGUCCAGAGCCGAUGUUUCAUCCAGAAACCUACCAAACUGUUCGGCAACCACUCUCUCAAUUACCUUACCCAGGUACGGAAGAUUCAAAACCAGGCGGUAAUUGGAUAGAUCUAGAGGAUCUAGAGAUGUUUUCUUUAAGAGCGGAUGCAACACUGCUUCCUUCAACUCCCCUGGGAAAGUCCCCUGAUUGGGACUGAUUGAUGAUCUCACCCAGGUGGGCCCGCACCUUGUCUGGACACGCUCUAAUCAGCCAGCAUGGGCACAGGGCAAGUUGUGGGCCUUCCAGCUCGAAGGAAUCUGUCUACAUCGGCAGGGAGUAUCCGAUCAAAGUGGUCCAAUACUGGACCUGGGGACAGUCGAGGGGCCUCCAGUUCUGUUACUGUAUCCAAAUUGGCAGGGAGGUCACGGCGGAGCAGCAAGACUUUCUCCGCAAAAAAGCUCGCAAAUGCCUCACAGCUAUGGGUCAAAUUCGUAUUUAUAUUUGGCGGUUCCUCUAGGGUUGUUAAAGACCUAAUUAUUCUAAAAAGUUGCGCCUGGCGAGAGCUAGUGGAUGCAAUGGAAGCUGAGAAGUAAAACGUCUUUGCAGCUUUCACUGCCAUCUCAUAGGCUUUCAUAAGCGUCCUAUAAGAUGUUCUUGAGGCUCUGUCGCGAGCACGCCGCCAUACUCACUCUAGCCGUCUGAGGUCCCGCUUCAUUUUCCAGAGCUCCUCGGUAAACAAGGGGGUUUCGGCGGGGUCACAGAGGGCGCUUAGGUGCGAUCUCAUUGAUGGCCACCAAGAGCCAGUUAUUCUAGUUCUCGACAAGCUCAUCUAGUGAGCCGCUGGGGGAGCAGGGUCCCGCAAGGCCUGACGAAAUCCAUCAGGAUCCAUCAGUUUUCGCGGCUGAGCACAAAUAGGCUCACCACUCAAGCGGGGUGGGGGCGGGAAGUCAAUCCUGGCUUUCAGAGCAUAGUGAUCAGACCAUGGCACUUCCACAAGUGAGGACAUGAUCACAUCUAUACCCGCACCAAAAAUCAAAUCCAGCGUGUGGCCUGUUGGUGUGGGACCCAAAACAAACUGGGAGAGCCCUAGUGUCGCCAUGGAAGACACCAGGUCCAGAGCCCGUGAGGAGGGGGUGGCAUCAGUAUGGACGUUGAAGUCACCCAAAACCAGUAGGUUAAGGAACUUCAAGGCCCAGCCUGCCGCCACAUCCAACAGGCCUGACAGGGUGGCUGCUGGUGUGCUAGGUGGUCGGUACACCAGCCAGACAGCCAAGCUCUCCUUGGUGCCCCACACUAGGCCAACACAUUCAAUGCUGGAGAUUGGAGGUGAUGGUACAGCCCUGAAAGAGCAAUCCUCCCGGAUUAACAACGCUACCCCUCCCCCCGACCCACAGUCCGCGAUUGGUGGAGGACGGAGAAACCUGGUGGUGUCAUCUCAUGCAAGGUGACUACUUCACCUUCGCACACCCAGGUCUCCGUCACGCACACCACGUCAACCCCUUGCGAGAUAAAGAAGUCUCGCAAGGUGGCGGUUUUAUUGCCUAUGGCCAAUGACGGAAGUGGGUAAUCCCUGCUCACCCGACCCACGUCCCUUGGGAUGGGACAUAGAUUGGAAGGGGUUCGAGCAUCACCGCAUCUCAAAACCCUUCGCCGAUAAUAUCUACCCCCACCGCCAUUCCUCCCAUGCCCUUCGAUGGUGGCAAUCCCAGCCCCCACGCUAGCCUCCCCUGUAAAGAAAUGAUAUCCCCUCACUGACAUAACAUCCCUGGACCAAGUCUCCCAAAUCAAAAAGGUAUGAUAUUGAGAACUGCAGGUAUGAACUGCAGAGCUUGAUCAAAGUCAAUAUGACUUGCAGAGCUUGAUCAAAUGAAGUUCUAGUAGAAUAGACAAUUCCAAUAGAACUCCAAUAGACAAGAAUCAAAGAGAAUAAAUAUAUUCCGUAAUGGAGUGAAUAUUGUCUCUAAUUUUUGUCAUUUAGGGAGAUUGUGUAGAAAGAAAAACAAACGUUCAUAAAUAUUUUCAAGAGGAAAAUUAAUUAUGGAAACUGAAAUCUCCAUUGUGGAAAGCUUUUAAAAAAUAGGGUAGAAUACAGUGGUACCUCGGGUUAAAUACACUUCAGGUUACAUACGCUUCAGGUUACAGACUCCGCUAACCCAGAAAUAGUGCUUCAGGUCAAGAACUUUGCUUCAGGAUGAGAACAGAAAUCGUGCUCUGGCGGUGCAGCGGUACCAGGAGGCCCCAUUAGCUAAAGUGGUACUUCAGGUUAAGAACAGUUUCAGGUUAAGAACGGACCUCCGGAACGAAUUAAGUACUUAACCCGAGGUACCACUGUAUGUUAUUUCUGAUGACUUAUUUAAUCAUCAUCCAUAGGUUAGGCAACAAACUAGAGGAUCUCUGGUUUUUUUUGUUCUGCCUUGCACAUGAUACACUUCCCAUCAUUUUUGGGGACAGAUUUGUUGCAGAAGGCAAGAUAUUAAAAGAUGGACAUCAUCACUGUGUUUUAUGUCCACCACUUCCUUUCUGUGCUGGCUGGGCCUGAUGUUGCCCAAACCAUCCAGAGGGCACCAGUUUGGGGAAGAUUCCUUUCAAGUGUCACUCAACAGAACUGAUAUGUUGACUCACUGAUAUAAUGGCUCACAACCAUGAAUGAGCCUUUUUAUUGCCUUUCUGAAAUACCAUGAAAUAUUAGGUAGCCUUAGAGCACCCUUGCAAAUAAUUCUUAAAAGGUGCAAAGCCUAUCGUAUUUAACUUGUCAUUAGUGGCUUUAAGGGCAAAAAACCUAAAAGCACCCAGCUUUUGUAAAAACAUCUCUACUUUGUUACCUGAGUGUAUGUACAGUGGUGCCUCGCAAGACGAAAUUAAUUCUUUCUGCGAGUUUUUUCGUCUAGCGAAUUUUUCGUCUUGCGAAGCACGGUUUCCCAUAGGAAUGCAUUGAAAAUCAAUUAAUGUGUUCCUAUGGUCAAAAAAAGUCCAAACAAAGCCAAAUUUGGUACAAAAAGAGUUUAUUAAGUGCUCUUUAAAGUCACACAUACUGUAAAGAGCAUUUCAAAAAUUGAAGGAACAAUAAUUUAAGUUUCUAAACAUGACAGAAAAGCAUUUAAAAAUCACCAAAGUGUACAGUACUGUACAUACAUUUUCUAAGACUCUGGGAGACAACUCGAAGAAGGUUCCACUCUUUGCUUCUUGCACUCUUUGCUUCUUGCUGAAGAACCUGUCCAUGGUCUGCUGCUUCAUCUGCCUUUUCAGCACCUCCCUGAAAGGCGACAUGACCCUCGUAUCAAAAGUGUUCGAAAGGUCACGUGUCAGGUCCUUGUCAGGGUGGUGCCGCUGUACAAAAGCCUGCACAUCUUUCCACUUCAGGCAAAUGUCCCUCAGUUCUUUGGAGGACAACUGUUCCUCAGUUGCUUCCUCCUCUUCCAGCGAGGCCUGCUCCUGCGCAGCCUCUGCCUGCAGUUCGACCAGCUCCUGGGUGGUAAGCUUGUGGUUGUGCUCCUCCACCAGCUCGCUGACGUCCUCCUCUGUGACCUCCAGGCUCAUGGUCCUCCCCAAGGAAACAAUGUCCUACACCACUGUUGACUCUGGUGCAUCAGAGUCACUUGGUGCCACACAGUCCGGCCACAGGCUGCGCCAAGCGCAAUUCAAAUUUCUCUGGCUGAUCCCGUCCCAGGCCGUGGCGAUCAUCUUCAAGCAGGUGACGAUGUCGAAGUGGUCCUUCCAGAAUUCCCGCAGGGUGAUGUUGGUGCAAUCAGUCACCUCGAAGCAUCGCCUGAAAAGCUCCUUGGUGUAGAGUUUUUUGAAAUUGGCGAUGAGCUGCUGAUCCAUCGGCUGGAGCAGUGGCGUGGUGUUAGGCGGCAGGAACAUGAUGUUGAUGAGGCUGAACUCCUCCAACAAGUCCUCCUCAAGGCCUUUAGGAUGAGCAGGAGCAUUGUCCAUCAGAAGCAAAGCCUUCAGCGGCAGGUCGUUGUCCAGCAGGUACUGUUUGACAGCAGGGCCAAAAGCAAGAUUGACCCAGUCCACAAACAGCACACGUGUGACCCAAGCCUUACUGUUGGAUCGCCACAUGACACUCAGCUGCUCCUUGUCGACCUUGUGUUUCUUGAAGGCCCGUGGGUUCUCCGAGUGGUACACCAGCAGGGGCUUGAUCUUCAGGUCGCCGCUUGCGUUGGCACAGAAGAGCAGGGUCAGACGGUCCUUCAUGGGCUUGUGGCCAGGCAACCUGGCCUCCUCCUGAGUGAAGAAAGUUCUUUUGGGCAUCCUCUUCCAAAACAGCCCGGUCUCGUCGCAGUUGAAGACCUGCUGUGGAACGUAGCCCUCCGUCGUCACAACCUCCAGGAUCUCCGCUGCAAAGUCUUCAACCGCAGGAACAUCAGAACUGGCAGCCUCGCCAUGUCUGACCACGCUGUGGAUUCCAGAUGUCGCCUUGAACCGGUCAAACCAGCCUCUGCUUGCCUUGAAGACUUCUGGCUCGCCUGAGGUUCCUGGCUGUUGCCGGACGAAGUCUGCGUGCAAGGCCUUGGCCUUCUCACAAAUGACGGCCUCAGUCACUGUAUCCCCUGCACUCUGCUUCUCUUCUAACCAGAUGAGCAGCAACUUCUCCCACCUCCUCCAGAACAGCUGGGCGGUUCUUCACGAUCCUGGUGACUCCCUUGGCUACAUCAGUCGCAAGGAUCUUCUCCCUCAUCUUCAGGAUGGUCCCGAUGGUCGAUGGAUUCCUCCCGUACUCCCUGGCGAGGUCUGUCACACGCAUUCCACCGUCCUGCUUCCAGAUGAUCUCCUUCUUCAUUUCCAGCGUAACCUUCUCCUUCUUCCUCUCGCCGGCCUCUGCAGCAGCAGUCUUCUUGGGUCCCAUGGCAGCACAGCGCCUAGCUUCGCAACCCCCCCCCCAAAAAAAAUCAGUGCUUCACAUCCAAAAAAUUCAAAAGCACCAAACCUCCCAGAAAACACUUCAACAAUUCCCUGACCCCCCCCAGCCACCCACCACACAGAAAUCCAAACCCAGAAAUCUUUUUUUUAACAACAGCAGAGUGCCCCAAUGGUCACAGAAAAUCAUAAAAAUGCAGAAAAAAACACACAAGCUUCCAGAUUCUUGCAAACCCCUCCCCAACACCAAGUCCUUGAAUUCCAAACACCCCAACCCAAAAUCCAAAAACCCCCAAAAAAGUCCUGCCUUAAACUGCCUAAAUGAUCCACAGGUGACACCUGGGGUAUGAUAAGGGGGAGAAUUUAGAUCCCUGGAGUGAACUAUUGUAUGGCGUUGCCCUUGUUGUGAAAAGGAUGUCACAGUCAACAUUCAGCAUUCACAUUGUUGGAAAAAGUAGCUAGGAGACAGCUCCAAGUAUCCACUAAUGCAGUCCAGUUGGGCCUCUGGCCCUAACCUUUAUCUUUGUAUGGCUAUUUUUGUUUUUUUAAUUUGCCGCAUUCUCCUCUUUUUCUUCAUUUUCCUUUUCAAAGUUUUUGUCUGGAUAACAAUUCAUUCCUCACGAUGUUUAUAAGUAGCCACAUAAUCUGGUCAUCCUUGGGAAGAAACAAUCUCAUUUAGACUAGCAGGUAAGGGAGGUGUAAAAAAAACUUGGUCCUCUGUGCCUUUCAGAGCCAGAAUGGCUAGCUGGGCAUCAUGUGGAUAGCAGACUACAAUGGUUCUGUGGACUAGUUGCCUUGUGAACAUAUUUUCCUUUUCCCAGGCAACCAGUGUUUGAAAUUAACCAGUUGCCAGUCGCUUUCUGCAACUCAGGAGUGCUUCCUUGUGGCCAAGUUGAGAUUUGCAGUCACAUGGUUUGCACAUGGUGCAGAGAACUCUUCUGGCUGGGCAGGAGAUGCCUUCCAGGACGCUUGUUGAUGUCUUUUCCAUUGUUGUACAAUUUGCAUAAGAAGCUCUUUCACACAGUUAAAUAGAUUGCUUCUCUUGGGGGGGGGGGCAGAAAGGGAGAUCUGGCCGAUUUUCACCCCACCCCUUCAGCCUUUCUGUGAGACUGCAAGUUAUGGACAGUUAAAUGGGUUUUACUCAGGGCCUUAGAAAAAAGGUGCCAUGAAGCUGUUAAAGCAAGUGCCACGCUUUUAACCAGUGCCUUUUUUCUAGGGGGACAAAGGUGCUUGUUCUCCAUACCCUUGACAGAAAAAGGACUGGUUUUUAUUGUGGGGCUUCUGCUGCUGAUUCCUGAGCUGGCUGAUUAUUUAAGGAGUUUCUAAUGGUGAUCUUGCUUCUCAGAAGUGAAAUGACUCUAGCAGUUAAGCAGUGCCUCUUUUAUUGCUUUGCCUUUCAUUUUUCCCCAUAAUAAUAUUUUUGCUGGCUUGCUUGGAAGGUUUGCCCCCUUUAUUUGGAUUCUGCUGCAUCAUUUUCUUUUCUAGGAAUGCAUAUUGAGCAUGGGGGUGGGGAGAGCAGAGCUGGCCUAAGGAAGGUGGGCCCCCUCUACACGGCCAGGUUGUGUUGGGGAAGGGGGAUAAGGGGGUGGAGGGGGAAGCCUCACCUGACACAGGGAGAAUAGGAGGAGUAGGCGGCAACUGGAGCACUCCUGGAGCUGCCUUGUGGGGCGAGAGGGUUACAGGGUUCUUUGGAGCUGCGGUAGCACUAACACCAAUGUUUGGAAGCUGCAGGAGCUGCUUAAGAAGUUGGAGCAGCAAAACGAGCAGCUAGGUCUGCAUUUGCAGCGCUGGUGGGGCUCCAGGCAACGGCCCCCAAAGGCUCCUCGGCAGCAUCCCCAGCAGUGCAAUCUCGGGUGUCUGCACCCUCUUGCUGCAACCCUCCGCAUCCCGCUGUUGCCCACAAGGAGCAGCCCUCUGCUUCCAGGGCUCAAAAGUCACUGCCUUGGCCCCAACAAAACUGGACCCAGGUGGCCUUUGCGGAGCUGCUAAAGCCCAGUGAGCUGGACUGGCUGGCUGGCUGGCUGUGGGGAAUCACUUGGCUUGUGCAGCACUUCUGGUGCCAUGUUACCCUGCGGACCAGGUGAUUCGCAGAGCAGUGCAGCAGCAAAAGAGGUGUAUCUUGGUGCGCUGCUGCCCCGCAGACCAACUGACUGACGUGGCAUUGUAGCUACACCAGUCAGGUGGAGAUGUUAGGCACCAAGCAAUGGCGCCUGGACAUCUCCACUGAUUCGUUAAAGGCCGGUUGUCCGUCACAAAAUGUAACCAGCGCCCGGCUAAUUUUGAACGCUGAGUCCAAGUAGAAUAAAUAUUCUUAUAUCUUGAAAUAGAUAUGAGAACCAUUUUUGUCUUGUUCUUGGUUCUGGUCCUGUGACAGUGAGUGAGAUUUACCUGCUUUUUGAAACCAACUCUGCAGCAUGAGGCAGAACGCCUUUCUAUUCCUUCCUGGAGAUGAGUUAGCAAAGUUUGCUGAUGACACCAAGUUGUUCAGGGUAGUUUUGAACAAAAAGAGGCUGUAAAUCGCUCCAAAGGGAUCUCUCCAAACUGGGUGAAUGAGUAUUAAAAUGAUAAAUCUGAUGCAGUGUUAAUAAGUGUAAGGGGAUGCAUGCAAGGGGCAACAUAUCCUAACAUUACAUAUAUGCUAUUGAGGGCUGAGCUGGUGGUGUCCUACCAUUAUAGGGUCAUAGGGCCCAAUGAAGAUGUUGACCCAGGUUGUGGCAGUGGUAAAAAUGGAGAAUUAUAUUUUUGGGAUCAUCAGGGAAAGGAUUGGAAACAGAACUGGAAAUAUCACAAUGGCCUUAUACAAGCCUAUGGUGCAGCUGCACUUGAAAUACUGUGUACAAUCCUGGUUACCACAACUCUUAAAGGAUAUUAUGAUGCUGGAAUUCAAAUCCUCACUCAGCCAUGAAAUUCACUAGUUGUUAUUGUCCCACACGUGCCUAAAUUUCAGUCCCACUGUGCUCUCUGUAUGAUCUGUUUUGCUAUGGCUCCUAGCUUUUAUAUCUCAGUUUCUAACACUGCAGACAACCCUUGUGAAGUAGAUUAAUAUUUGCAAACAAAAACACUUAAGGAAGCUUUUAAAAAGCAGGUUAACCUGAGAAGUAGGUUAGGCUAAAAGAGUGGUCUGCCAAAGGCCAUUCAGAAGAACUUGGCUAACUCAGCUUGGAUUGAAACUGGUCUUUCUUCCGGUGGGGUGGGGUGGGGUGGGGUGGGGUGGGGGUGGAUUAGGAUCUGCACAAGCAGAUAUGGUAGCAUUUAUCUUGUAUAUGGUACUUUAGUUCUAUAGUUUGGCAUAACUGCUCUCAUGAAGCCAUCCAGUUUCUGUCAAGUUUAUCAUGAUACAUUUAAGGUGAAACUAAAAUGUAAUAUGUUUGUCCACCUAUAAAUCUUCAGUCUAGUCACAUUAUACCCUCUAAACUCGUGUUUCCCAAACUUUGGUCUCCAGCUGUGUUGGGACUACAAUUCCCACCAACCCUGACCCCACUGGUCCUGCUCGUGAGGGAUGAUGAGAGUUGUAGUCUAAAAACAGCUGAGACCCAAGUUUGGGAAACACUGCUCUAAAUUCCUACAAAGAGCAGCCUUUGUUUAAAUGCAUAACUAGAAUCUUUGUUGUUUUGUCUCCUUGAUUUUGAAAUACAAUUUUUACUGUUAAGGUUGACAAUUCAUUGCUUCUAUUUGUCCAUUCCUCUUUCUAACAGGUUUUAUAGUGCUUUCCUGAGCAUGAAUUCAGAAUGAAGCGGCGAUUGGAUGAACAGGAGUCACCUGUGUACGCGUCACAGCAGAGACGUAUCGCCAGCAACACAGAACCAUUCCAACACCAGCAUCGUGUUCUUGCUCCAGCACCACCUGUAUAUGAAUCUGUUUCGGAGACCAUGCAAUCUGCUACUGGGAUACAGUACUCUGUAACACCCAGCUACCAGGUAGAAUUGCUGUCAUGUUUUUUAAGCUUAUGUCCUCUCAGGAAGUUCAUCAAUCUUCAUUGCUCUGUGGGCAAACAAUAACAUAACAAUAAAGAGCAUGUUUUCUCUCUCCUCCACCUCCCGGUGUGUGAGACUCGAGCCUCCUUGCCCUUGGAAGUAGAUACAGUCUUGAGGCCCAUCAUUUAAUAGUGCAAUCCUCAGCAUGUUCGUUUGGAAGUAAAUCUCUUGGUCAAGCUGGUACUGUCAGUAAUGGGGAUGGGUGUAUCAGUUUAAGUAGGUGACAGGGUUCUAGCCAUGCUCUUCCUGUGCCCAACUGUGGGGACUCUGCACAGGGAUGCAUCAUUGUUGUUCAGACAUGUCACUCCAGGCCAGGCUUAGCUUUCUCAAAGGAGCACUUGAAAGCAAAGCUCUAGGCUGGGCAACCAAAGAUGCUUCAGCAAUAUGAGUUCAUUUUUUGCCACAGAUGUUGCUUUGAUGGAAGUUAUUUGGAGUCAUCAUUCCCAGGUGACCUCCAGAGCAAUUGUUUGGAGAUACCCAUGCUGGCAUAAGGCUUAGCGCUAGUGGCUUGUCUUUAUUCUCUCCUUCCCAGGUGUCCACUGUGCCGCAGAGCUCCAGCAGUCAUGGGCCCACUCUCGCAACUGCCCAUAGUGGGCAUCACCAUCCCAACCCACCCCAGCCUCAUGGCAGCCAAGUGGUGCAGAGUCAUGCUCACCCAACUCCCCCUGCAGCACCAGUGCAGGGGCAGCAACAGUUCCAGAGGCUGAAGGUAAGGUCUGAGGUAGAUUAAGUUGGUUUCAUUUAACCUUUCUUCAGAGAAGCACAGACUGCUUGGGGAAAUGAGAAAGUUACGCUGUUAGCUCAAGUGGAUAUCCACUUACUUGGUUGCAAGUUGCUUUGGGUUGCCGUUGGCAACAUAAAGCGAUUAACAUAUUGUAUAAAUGUAUAAAAUAAAGUGUUGUAUGGCUGCGGGCUUUUAGAACUUUUAGGUCAGGGGUCAGCAAACUUUUUCAGCAGGGGGCCGGUCCACUGUCCCUUAGACCUUGUGGGGGGCUGGACUGUAUUUUGAGGGGGGAAAUGAACGAAUUCCCAUGGCCCAAAAAUAACCCAGAGAUGCAUUUUAAAUAAAAGCACACAUUCUACUCAUGUAAAAACACGCUGAUUCCUGGACCGUCCGUGGGCCAGAUUUAGAAGGCGAUUGGGCCGGAUCUGGGCCCCGGGCCUUAGUUUGCCUACCCAUGAAGUAGGAGAAUCCUGGUUUUAUCUAGGGGAUGUUAUGCAGUUUUUGUAUGAGUCUUUGCUAGCAGCUUUUGGAAUAACUAGUCAAGGUUUGUUUUUGUGCCUUGCUGCAAACCUGACCAGAUAAGCUAUAGUGGUGUACAUUGAGGAAUAGCAGAAAUAAGAUACAUACCCUGUUUUAUCAAUAGUUUAGUAACACUGAAGAACUUCAACUGUACUGUUAUGGUUUUCUCUCUUCUUCUUACAUUGCUGUUAAUCUAACUGCAUGGAUCUCAUAUCUUGGCUGUUAAAAGGUUUCUUUCCCACUGCCACCCCUACAUAAAGGUCAGCAACAGAGGGGGAGGCAGAAGUCAAACAGCAUUUAAGUCAGUGGUGGAGGGCCUGUGACACCCCCUCCCCCAAGUUCUUGUUGGACUCCGGUUCACAUCAGCCUUAGUCACCACACUAGUGGUCAAGCAUAAUGGGAGUUGUAUGUCAGAAACAAUUGGAUGGCCACAGGUUCCCAAUCUUUUGGUUAAGGCCACUUGCUGUCCCACUAAAAUUUUGUGCAGGCCUAGGACGGUUUGAUUUCUUGCGUGUUCACCUGGACAAAUUAUUGUAUUUAUAUACCACAUUUUUCUUUCAACAAGCUCAAGGUGGUGUACAUGGUUUUCUGCCUCCCUAUUUCACCCUCAUAACAACCCUGUGAGGUAGGUUAGGUUAGGAGAUGGUGUUGGGCCCAAGGUCUCCCAGGGAGCUUUAUGGUUGUCGUCCUUGGCCAAGGAGGGCAUGUCCCUGACAAGGGGAUGUGUGAACUCUGAUAGCCUCUGAUCAUCUCUUCUAUAGGUUGUUUUGUUAUGCUGUAUUCAAUACUAGUCCUACUCAAAGUAAACCCUCUGAAAUUAAUGAACUUAAGACAGUCCUUUUCAUUAACUUUUAUUCUGAGUAAGGCUGACUUUACAUACAUCCCAUUUCUUAUAUGUAUGUAAAUAUCUACUUUUUGGGGGUGUUUCUUUGUCCUGUACUUGUUUUCUGCUGCAGCAUGUGCUGUUGCCACUGUCAGGCGCAGUGAGUAUUACUUUGUGAAAGUAUCUCUGGUAUAGCUCUUGGCUGCGGCCAAGAAAUGGCCUGCGGGGGGCGGGGAGAGAAGCCCUCUGAGGCGUGUUUCUCCAUUUUUUAAAAGGAAUUUGCCAACCAGCAAUUGUGCCUUGGUUGUCGAACAAAAAAGUGAACAAAAGUUUCUAUCAUUGAACUCAGGAAAACUGUUACGUAAGUCUGAGGAAAGAGCACAUGCAUAGCCCAGCUGUUGCAGAAAAAAAAACUUUUUAAAAAACAGGUUUUCACUCAGGCUGAAAUAUUGCUUAAAUAACCAGCCUGAAGAGUGUCUGUGGUACAGUAUAUUGAUUUUCUGCACAGCACCCCGCUUAUGAAGGGUUUGCAAUUUCAGGCUUGUCCACUAGACAUUUGUUUUAAAAGCCUGCUUGGAAGCCCUUCUGGGCGCUCUUAUCCAACCCUUUGUAAUUUGUAAAUUUCCCCAGAAAGCAGCAGCAAAAUGCACAUCACAAAAUGGCCACACCGAUUACAACGUAAAACAAGAAAGUAGUGUCAGGUCCCUUACUGUGCCCCUCCUUGGAACUUUGCCUUGGGCUGCAGUAGCACUAUUCACUUUUUGAGAGGACUGUUGUGUUGCAUGACAAGAGAUGUGAAGCUCCAGAAAGGCCACCCCCCCCCAAAAAAAAAUGGUAGAAGUGUGGGACAGACUAUUCUCCUCCACUCUUCCCAGUUCUCUGUUUUCCCCCCAGGCCUUUAUAUCUCUUAUGUACGGCUGGGCUUCACAGAAGAGAGAGCUAUACACAGUGCAGAAUUGCUUUCUGGUGGAAGAAUAAGUUUUGCUUAACUGCUUUUUUGUAUCUCAGGGGUUGCAUUCCCUGUGCAUGUGCAAGAAUGGAAAUAAAAUGGUGACAGAAAGACAUGUUCCUAAGUUGCUUUUGUUGAUCUUAGGUGGAAGAUGCCCUCUCCUACCUUGACCAAGUGAAGCUGCAAUUUGGCAGCCAGCCUCAAGUCUACAACGACUUCUUGGACAUCAUGAAGGAGUUUAAAUCUCAAAGGUGCGAACCUGCUGUGUGCUUUAUUUUAACAGAUGCUUCUUCGGGCCAUGUAGUAUUUCACUAGUAAGGUCAAAAUCAAAUACCUGACAAUAUCACACAUUUGAAUCUUUCCCUUUGUCUGCCCUAAAUUCACCACAGUCCUAUCUUGCCUGCUGUUUUUUUCUUGUGCUUGUUUUCAUAAUUCUACUCGCAGCCAAACUUCCUUUUUUAGCCCCUGAUCUGGUUAAAACCCCUCAUGCCUAACACCCCCAUCUAUAGUGGGCCCCAAAAAAGCAAAGUUUGCUCUUAAGUAUGCCUUAUCCAAGGUCCAAAUCAUAGUCUGGAUGGGCUUGAUAUAGCAAAGUUGCUGAAACUGGUAGGGCCUGAACAUGCUUAGUGUCUUGAUAGGAGGCUGUCUGAAUACAUAGGAAGAGAAUCAAUAGCAGCUAUAGGAAAACACAAGUAAAAUGUGAAAAAGUGGCUGCAUCACUAGAUAUGGUUCUCAAUGUAUUUUGAGAAAACUCCUCUUUCAGGGAGAGGCUUUUAUGCUUCAUGUUCACUUCUGCAGCUGCCUUUUUUGCUUUUGAAGACUCACUUGGAACCUGUCUCAUCGACUUCCACUGUGGAAGAAAUGAACGUAACAAAAUUAAGAAGUCCAUGAUUUACUUUCUGAUGUUGCACUUUAAAAAGAAAAAAAAUGAAUUUUUAUUAGCUUUUUUAAUAUACCCAAAGAAAAAUAAAGCAAACAGGAGUUGCCCGAGUAUCAAAAUAAAAAGGAAAUGAUAAAUACUACCAACAGCCACUUAACUUGUCAUUGCAGAUUUGAUACUUGUAUAAAGAUUGUUUCUUGGGGGAAGGGGAAAGAAGUAGAUGCUUUUGGGGGGCAGAAAAAGAAAAUACAAUCCCUGAGAACUCUUCUUUCUCCCCCCCCCCCAUGAGAUUUAGAAUCUUGAGCUUUAGCAAUAGAUUAUCAGACAAACUUGUCCUGUUCACCUUUUUGCUUAUUGUGAAAUGCCCAUGCCUAUAUAUUUUCUUUAUUUAUAUUAAAUAUUAUCUGCCUUUCAUUAAAAAAAUUCCAAAGUGUUAAUAAAAUCAAUUCAUAAAACAAAUAAAUUCAAUUUGUAACCAGCAAAUAAGCAUUAAAAAUAAAUUCUUAAAAAGCUAAAAACAGAACAAACAAUUCCAAAACCCAUCUACAGUCUAAAUGCCUGGACAAACAGGACGGUCUUCAUCAGGUUCUGACAGCUUGUGGUGUCAUGCCAGGUGGGCCUCCUGAUGAGGGGCAUUCCACAGUUGAGGUGACACCAUAGGUAAGGCACUCUUCUUUAUAGAAGCAUGACAUAUUUCUGCUAAAGAGGGUAGUUGAAGCAGAACCAUUCCAGAAGUUCUUCAGGGGUGGGCAGGCUGGAAAGGAAAGAGGUGCUUGUUCAAGAAUUUGGUUACUUUUAUUUCCCCAAGCAGCAUGUUUUGUUGGCAGCUUGCCUGCCUUAUUUUCUGCUAGUAGCUAUAGUGGGGGAUGUGUGUUAACAACAUUCUCUAAAUGUAGUGCUAUGCAUGUCUGAAAUGUGUCAAAUCCACAGAGGAGACCUGAUCUCUCUCUUCCUCCUUGUCUUUUGAUUUCACAGCAUUGAUACUCCAGGAGUGAUUAGCCGGGUGUCUCAGCUGUUCAAAGGCCAUCCUGAUUUGAUUAUGGGUUUCAACACUUUCUUGCCUCCUGGCUACAAAAUUGAAGUGCAGACUAAUGACAUGGUGAAUGUAACGACACCAGGGCAGGUUCAUCAGAUCCCGACCCACGGCCUCCAGCCCCAGCCCCAGCCUCAGCCCCAGCCCCAGCAUCAGCAUCAGUCUCAGCCAUCAGCACAGUCUGCCCCAGCCCCAGCACAGCCAGCACCACAGCCGACGCCUGCCAAGAUCAGCAAGGUAACCUCAAAUGAAACAGGUAGUCUCUAGCUUAGAAGUAGGGACACCUGUGGUUUCCGAACAGAGAAGGCCCUCUCAAGGGACAAAGUGAGGUUGAUUUGGGGUUUUGUCAAGGAGGCAUGUUGCCAAAGUGGAGAGUCAGAGACAGAUAGCUGACCUUUGGGGCACAAUCCGCCAACACAUUCUGUGCAAGAAUCACUGCACGAGCACAAUAUCUGUUUGGAAUUUCCCUCUUCAGGCACAAAAAUUUCUGGGCCAACCAAGCUUCUGCAGCUCUGUUUUGUUAGCAUACCAUAGUUGGUGUUAUGUAAAUGAUCUAGCUAGGUGGAUUCACAAGGGAAUAGCACUGCCUUUGGGAAAGGAGUUGAAGUAGAUGAGCGUCUCGUUCCUUUCAUCUCUAUAUUGCUGCAUGGUUAUUCUGGGCAAGCUCUGUAUCAUCCUGAGGCAAUAAUAAGUUUUGCUGUUUGUUUUGCUUUUGAGCAUAGUCAAGCAGCACUCUGGAGGGCUCACUAAGGGCUCACUCAAUACGUGGCUGUUCAGGAACCAGUGUAACCCAGUGUCUGCUUUUCAUUCCCAGCCAUCCCAGCUACAGACACAUACACCAACCAGCCAGCAGACUCCCCCAAUCCCCUAUGCAUCCCCUCGCUCUCCACCAGUCCAGCCCCAUGCACCUGUGACAAUCUCUCUUGGAUCCACACCAUCCCUCCAGAAUAACCAGCCGGUUGAGUUUAAUCAUGCAAUCAACUACGUCAAUAAGAUCAAGAAUCGUUUCCAGGGACAGCCAGACAUUUACAAGGCUUUCUUGGAGAUCCUCCAUACCUAUCAGGUGAGUGGGCAACUGCACAAGUCUUAAUGACACCUUUUUCCUGUUCAAUAUUCACUUUUAUAUAGAAGAAAAGAGUGGCUUGUCAAGCAAAGCAGGAAAAGAUGAUUACUGGGUGCAGUGCUAUUUUUCUAGAAAAAGAGGUACCGGAACUCACCCUGAACACCUCCCUUGUUCUCUUAUAAUGGCAAUGGCGCCCACCUGAGAGGUGCCAGAACUCAGUUCCGGCAAGUUCUGCCUAAAAAAAGCCCUGACUGGGUGAAGCAUAACAAGUAGUAAAUCCCCAGCCAGUUGACACUAGCUCAGUUUUGCUUCAAACCUACCUGCUUCAAACCUUCAAAGUUCCUACCUGCAGAGCAGGAAAUUUUCUCCAGAGAUGCUGUUUAAAAGCCAUCUUUAAUGGAGAUGAGUCAUACAAAGGGUGCAACACUUGUAGAACAACCAGAUGUGCCUCUCAAGUGUCUGGCCCUCCGUGGAAUCCUUCCAGGGGCAGGAAGGAAACUUCUUCAGUGUCCUUUUUAUCUUGUCAUCUGAUGCUUUUCUCUUGAGCUCUCAUGCUAGGUGUUGUGGAUUUUCUUUAAAGAGCCAGGAGAAUGAAACUGGUUAGAACAGCUGCUCUGAGCUCUUCCUUUCUCUUCCAUCUCAUGACAGAAAGAGCAGCGGAAUGCCAAGGAAGCAGGAGGCAACUACACACCGGCACUGACUGAGCAGGAGGUCUAUGCCCAGGUGGCCCGUCUUUUCAAGAACCAGGAAGAUCUGCUCUCGGAGUUUGGGCAGUUCCUGCCAGAUGCAAACAGCUCUGUGGUGAGUUUGCUCCUAAUGUUGUUACUUACAGGGCACCUUGAAGGAGAGCAUUGCUUAUCCUGUUCUGCUUACUCCUUAUGGCAUAGUGUAACUUUUGAAGUACUGGGAUAUGGAUUAAUUAAUGAGGUGGGGAUAUUUAAUUAUAAUAAUUAAAUAAACAAAAUAGAUUGGACUUCAGAGCAAGAGUUCCUAAUUUGGGUUUCUGUUGAAGACAGGAGUGCCUAGUGUGCUCUGGUCCAUGGGGUCACAAAGAGUCGGACAUGACUAAACAACAAAUUGUCUUAUGAUUCCCUUUUAGAGGAUCACAGGCAAAGAGCCAAUUUUCUUAGUUUCCUUUCUGGAAAGGAUAUACUUUGCGUGAUGUGAGCUGAGUCCUGUUCUCUACGCCCGCCCCCCUGCCCCCCCCCCCCCAGUUAACAAGGCCAUUUUAAUAUCAAGUUCCUUGAGCUCUAGAGCUUUGCCUGGGUGAUUACAAUUAAAUACAUUUGCCUGUAUGGGAUACUGGGAUCAAUAAAUGUGUUUGUACAUUGUUGUUUAAACAAGCUUUUAAGCAAGACAACUGCAGAGAAAGUGGAGUCUGUGAGAAAUGACCAUGGGGGCACAGUCAAGAAGCCCCAACUUAACAGCAAGCAGCAAAGACCUAAUCAGAAUGGCUGUCAGAUCCGGCGGCAUGCCGCAACUGGGACAACUCCUCCAGUGAAGGUGAGCAUUGAUCAUCAUCUUCAUCAAUAGGCUGAUACCAGAUACUGCAAUGGUCUGUUGCAAUGAGAGCAACAGAGUCCCUUGUGACCCUUAAAUGUUGUAUUGUGGCCUAAGCUUCUGUGGACUAGAGGCCACUGGAUCAGAUACAUGAAGGUGUUUCAUUAGUUGGUAGAUGCACAUAUUUAUGUUUGAAAACAGUAGGAUUGGGCUGGAGGAGGAGACCAUGAAGAAGGUCACAGAAGGUCUGCUGCAUUUCUGCAUAAAGCCCAAAGCAAGAACAGAGUGAGCUGUUAGUGGGACAGCGGUCCCUGAUUGACUGUAUGCUUAGUUGUAAGUUACAAAUGCGCUCAUUUUAGCUGGAAAAUCAUUUGUUCAUCAGAGCCUAUCAGAGCUUUUGAAUCAUUGUCUUCCUAAUAUUUAUUUGCGGCUCAUUCUCUCUUUCUGCAGAAGAAACCAAAGCUGCUCGGUUUGAAGGACCCUUCAGUGGUAGAAGCUGGAAAACAUGGGACAGAGUCUCUGUUCUUUGACAAGGUGAGGCUUUGGAUGACAUCUGCUGAAGCAGCCAUUGGUUUUCAAACAGCCCUAGCGCUUUCUUUUAUUUGAGUCCUACUCCCAGAUCAGUGUGCAUUAGGAAAGCAGCCUUAAGCCUCCCAGAUGUUACCUGUCUGUCAGUCUCAGCAUCUAACAUGGGGGGGGGGGCUUUUGACCCUCUCACACAACUUCAGCAUCACUGCCCCACAGAGAGCCAGUGUGGUGUAGUGGUUAAGAGCGGUAGUCGCGUAAUCUGGGGAACCGGGUUCGCGUCUCCGCUCCUCCACAUGCAGCUGCUGGGUGACCUUGGGCCAGUCACACUUCUCUGAAGUCUCUCAGCCCCACUCACCUCACAGAGUGUUUGUUGUGGGGGAGGAAGGGAAAGGAGAAUGUUAGCCGCUUUGAGACUCCUGAAGGGGAGUGAAAGGCGGGAUAUCAAAUCCAAACUCUUCUUCUUCUUUUCGCACCUCAGCCGGCUGUAUAUUUCUCCUGACUAGGUGAGAUCUCUGAUUUCUAGAUACCUUUUGAAGCCACUGUUUCAGAGACUAAAUGACAUUUUGAAAAUUUGCAAAACCCCAGCAAAUUCCGAAGAAAGUACCCUUCUGUACAAAAGUAGCAGUGAACUAGGCGGCUUUGCAUUAUAAUUUUCAGCAAUGAAAACAAUUGCAACUAUUAAAAAGAGUUUCAUGUUUAAAAACAAUUUCAGAUGCAACUGAACAACAUUUUCAUUUGUCAGAUACUAAGAUUAACCAGCUUUAAAACAGCAUAAUAAUAAUCUACCAAAGUGGAUUCAAGGCUUGUUUAAAUUGUUUAAAUUUUAUAUAGAUGUUUAUUCCAUUUAUGAAUUGUUUCCCAUGUUGCAUCCCAAAGAGAUGGUGUUAAGUAUAGUGUAUUGACGAUGUUGUCAUUCAUUUUUCUCAACAAUUUGCUAACCAUAUUUUUCCUUCUCCCACAAGGUUCGGAAAGCUCUGCGAAGCACAGAAGCAUAUGAGAAUUUCCUCCGUUGCCUGGUCAUUUUUAAUCAGGAGGUGAUAUCCCGAGCUGAGCUUGUGCAGUUAGUUUCUCCAUUUUUGGGGUAAGUGAAAUAAAUGAUACUUGGCUGCAUGUUUCAUUGCCAGCUGUUUGUACAUUGGGGUGCUUGACAAAGGAGAUGAAUUUACUGGCUGCAUUGAGUCAACUUGAUUUGGGAAUUAGCAGCAGUGAACAUUGGGCUCACUUGCUCCCUCCCCUGCUUUCCUUCUUCCUCCAAUUGCAAGGCGAAGAGAUUAGAUGCUUCUGCUUCUAGUUGGUUGCAAACCAUAGUUGUGGUGCUGAAUCCACACAGCAAAAUGUGGCAUGCUUAAACCACAAUUCCAAACAAGAAUAAGUUAUGGCAAUGCAGUUUGUCCUUUUUUGUGUCCUAAAUGUGUAAAUCGUUUAGACAAAAGACUUAGAUAAUCUUCCUGCAACCAUUGAGUUCUAUAAUCUUUUCUCUCCCAUUUCCCCCCCUCUUUUUAGGAAAUUCCCAGAGCUGUUCACUUGGUUUAAAAACUUUCUGGGCUACAAAGAGUCUGCACACAUGGAGACUUUCCCUAAGGAACGGGCUACAGAAGGGAUAGCAAUGGAAAUAGACUACGCUUCUUGUAAGAGACUUGGCUCUAGCUACAGAGCCUUGCCGAAGAGCUACCAGCAGCCCAAGUGCACUGGUCGGACUCCGUUGUGUAAGGAGGUAAGGCAGCAUUCUUCAUAUUGAAGUAAAUGAUGCUAGUGGAAAAUAGGAAGGUGCUGUGCAUCAGCUUGGACAGUUGCCUAGCCCAGGAGAGUCUGCUCUGUAUGGCAGUGGCUCUCUAUCGUCUCAGGGAAAGAUCUUUCCCAUCAUUUGCUGCAGCAUAAUAAAUUGGAGGUGCCUGGGACAUUCCUUUAAGCCAUGUGUGCUACCACUGGGCUGUCGUUCUUUCCUUGGAUGAGGUUCAGAGGAAGAGCCCUUGGAAUGACAGUACCCUGAGACUUAAGUAGGCAGGAGGAAAAUGUCGCAACUUUGGCCAAAGUGACUGAAGUCGUAAGCUUUCUUUCUUUUUGCAAAAAUAACAGGAAAAGAAGAAACAGCAGCUAGCACCAACAAUUAAAGUAUUCUGUCAAUCCUGACUUAAAUGUAUAAAUUAAUGUAGGCAGUCCAUAUGUCCGAAUAAAUAUCCAGAUUAUUAUAAAAUGUACAUAAUUUCUUUUCCAAUUAAUUUCAUUUUAAUUUUCACAAUUUUAACAAAUUAACAUCAAAUUUUACACCAAAUUUCUACACAUUUUAAAAGUUGACUCCUCACCCUUCUUCCGUGGUGUUUCUAUUCCCACCCAUUCCUGCAGCAGUUAUACCUAUAUCUAUUCCACAUUCCCUUCAUUACAAAUUUAUCAUUCAUCUUCUGCUGCUCAUAUUUUAAUCCUGCCUGCAAUUCCAUUUAACUAUGAUAUUUCCCAAAUUGUCCAAAUAAGGAUCUCAUUCUUCCACAAAAGAUUUCUCAUUAGAUCUCUUCUUUUGCUGUCACCUCCCACAUGGACAAGAGUGCCUUCUACUUUAAGCCAAAUUAAUCAAAUUUAUAAGGAAGCCAGCUGCUUACAUGUUCGCUUCUGAGGCUUUUCGGCAGUGGAGUCAGCAGAGAUGUCCAUCCACCCCUUGCCUCUCCUGCCUGUAUCAGAGUCCUUUGACUCUGGCAGGGAGAGGGAGCAAACAGUGCUUGGGGCAUAAUUUGCCACCCUGGUACCACCAGAGUGUUUGAGGAAUGCAUUUGCCUUUUCUGCCCCCUAUAUUCUCUAUCCAAGUCUCCCUGAUCUUUGAGAUAAGCUCUCAUGGUCACUACUCAACUUGGGAGUCAGCUGUACAUUAUUUCAAGCACCCAGGAUGUGAGCAGGCUCAAAUGGGGAAUAUAUUGUAUACGAUCCCUGAUGCCAGGAGCCGUGAACCGGUGGCCCUCUAGGAUUUGGAUUGCAACUCCCAUCAUGCUCUGAACAAGUGUCCUGCACACUAACCAGCACAUCAUGCUAGCUCCCAAAAGUCUGAGGCAGUGGGAGUUGUUAUCCCACAAAUAGCAACCCUCCCUGCCUUAAAUACAGUGGUACCUCAGGUUAAGAACUUAGUUCGUUCCAGAGGUCCGUUCUUAACCUGAGGUACCACUUUAGCUAUUGGGACCUCCCGCCACUGCCACACGAUUUCUGUUCUCAUCCUGAAGCAAAUUUCUUACCCCGAGGUACUAUUUCUGGUUAGCAGAGUCUGUAACCUGAAGCGUCUGUAACCUGAGGUACCAUUGUAGUCUUCACUCGCUCAAAGGGUACUGUAGUGACAAAUGCCUCAAGAGUUACACCUCACAGUUGAUAAAUCAUAUGAUGUCACUUCCGGUUGGUCGCCCAAUAAUGGCAGUCGGGAGCUCUUUCGGCUGAAAGAGCCCCAGCGCUUUGAAAUUGGGGCGACCACGAGAGCGUUGUGGUUCCCCAUUAAAAACCUCAGAUCAAGCGUUCUGAGGACCUGGUGUUCUGGCGGGUGCCUUCCAGCCACUCCCCGGUAAGCUUGUAAGAGCCCCGAAAGCAAGCGGGUUCGGAGACGUGGCACAGCGGAAACGACCGCUUCCUUCAAAGCAGCGAAGCUCCGAGACUGGCGAUCGUGAGCGGCCAAUUCCUUCAGGGGGGAAAAAAAGACUUAAAAAUUUGGAACUGUAAGUAACUACAAUAAAUAAUUGGAUGAGAAGGGAGACUUAAAAAUGGAGGUCGGUCCCAUUUUGUUGGAGAAAAAGAGAAUUGGUGUACAAAGACCAAAGCCCUAAUGAAGUGAAAGGUUUUUAAAACUUUGCAAGCAAUUUUACUCCCCCUCCUCGAGGGUAGAGGGGGUAUUUGUGUUUAAGACCUAGGAAGAUUGUGAAUUUGAUUGAGACUUCCCCAUUCUGCAGCGGACCACCCAGGAGGGAAGACUAGUCUCCAUUGUGAUCUCACAGUGGAAGAGGAAGCAUUCAUUCUCCGUUUCCACUGACUUUGUUACAAACUUUCCGGAGCUGCCUGGCUAUACUUUAAAUUGAUAAAAAGUGUCUUCUUCCCUCAGAACAAAGGGGAGCUCCAGAGAUUUUUCUUUCUGCCACCCUGGCUUUUGGUUUCCAGCCUGUUUGAAAGAACAGGGACACAGCCUCUGGGCCAGCUGCAGUGGGACUGGUGGAGGGAAAUUGUUAUUUUCCACCACUGUGCCAGACUGUGGGACUGACCUUGACAUUCCUAAGCUAUUAUGUGCCCAGAAAAAACAAGACGUGGCUCUAAAGCCCAGCAAUUUGAGGAGUCGGUGAUUGCAAUCUUGAGUGGCAUUAGAGAAGGUUUAAAUCGUAAUACAGCAAGUAUUGAUAAAUUGGAUAAAAGAAUUGAGCUUUUAAGCACUGACUUAAAGGAAGUAAAAGAUGAGAUAACCACGCAUGACACAAGGAUGGCACAGCUGGAGACAGUGCCAGAUUUGGAACAGAUGUGAUAUGAAAAUGCCAAUGCAAUUGCCUUUCUGCAGUUGAAGGGAAAAGAAUCGCAUUUGAGAUUGAGGGGGGGGGGUCCCUUUUUGGAAGAGGAAAAACUCAAGGAGUCUCUGAUAGGAUUUUUUGUGGAAUGCUGGGACCUCAAAAAAGAGGAAGUGGAAGCUUGGAUAGAGAAAGCUUAUAGAUUCGGACCCAAAAAGGAUACUAAAAUAACUUAUGAUUGUAUAGUGGUCUUUAAGACCAAGGAGCAAAGGGAUAUCAUUCUGGGACACCACUACAGAAAAGGCCUAAAAAUCCAGGAUAAAUCUGUGGUGCUCUUUAAAGAGAUCCCACGCCAAUUUUUGAACCUGAGAUCCCAAUAUACGGAUUUGACAAAGAUCUUGAGGAGGAAGAACAUCUUUUUUAGGUGGGAGUUUCCAGAGGGCCUAUCCUUCAAAUUUGAAGGAAGAAAGCAAAAGAUAAAGACUCAGUGGAACUUGGAUUACAGAGCCCACCGCUGUUGGGAGCGGAGGCUACACCCUCUUAAUUUGACAUCAUGGCGCUGAGAAUUUAUUCAUGGAACGUAAAUUGUUUGAACUCUCCUCAGAAAAGGAGACAAAUUUAUCAUGUUUUGGAAAAACAGAAUUUGGAUAUAAUUUGUUUACAGGAAACCCACAUCACAAGACUACAUAGGAAAAUGUUAAUAAACAAAAGAUUGGGACAAUAAUUUAUUUCUUCUGACAAAUUUAAAAAAAGAGGAGUGGUUUUCUAUAUUAAGGAAAAAUGGAAUCCAAAAUUGGCAUUUAAAGAUGAGGAAGGAAGACACAUAGCAGUUGAAAUUACAGCACAAGGCGAGAAAUAUUUGUUACGCACCUAAUGAUGGCAAAGCGGACUUUUUCAUGAAUUUGGAAACAAGUCUUUUGGAAUAUAUGGAUUACAAAUUAAUAUUGAUUGGGGACUUGAAUGGAGUUGCAUCUACUUUGAUGGAUAGGACUCGGAGAUUAAAGGUAUAAAAUUCUGGCAGAUUACCCAAGACUUUUUUUUACUUAACUGAUAAAUUUGAUUGUCAGAUAUAUGGAGAAUCAGAAAUCCAAUGGAAAAAGACUUCCCCCUUUUUUCAGAUGCAAAUCAAGUAUUUUCGAGAAUAGACUACUUAUGGAUAUCCAGAGACUUGGUUCCUAAAGUAACAAAAACGGAAAUUUGCCCUAAAACUUGCUCUGAUCACAAUUCAGUUUUUAUGGACCUGAAAAUGUUUGUACAGGGUUCCUUCAGAUGGAGAAUGAAUGAUGAUUUGUUGAGAAGUACAUCAAUUGUUAAUAAGGCCAAAAAACCCUAAAGGAUUAUUUUGAACUUAAUAUGAACCAGGGAAUGGAAACAAGGGUUAUUUGGGACGCUAGCAAGGCAGUAAUGAGAGGGUUUCUGAUACAACAAAAUUCAGUUAGGAGAAAGUUACAGAAUGAGAGAAAAGAUAUAAUUAUGGACCAAUUAAAAGAUAAAGAGAAGAAGCUCAGAGGAAAUCCAAAGAAUCUGCAGAUACAAAAAGGAAUUAAGGCCUUACAGGUUCAAUAUUCACAGUUAGUAAAUAGAAAUAGAAUAGACGUUGAGAAGGAUGAGACAAAGAAAUUUUGAAUCCACAAAUAAAUGUGGGAAACUAUUGGCCUGGCAAUUAAAGAAGAGACAAAAGCAAAGUACUAUCACAAAUAUUCUAACAGACAGAAAAUCUGUAGAGAACCCUGAAGACAUAAAUGUUUUUAUAAAUAUUAUAAACAACUGUAUAAAAAGGAUAAAGAGGACUUGGUAAAAAUUGAGCAAUUUAUUAAGAUUAAUGGUUUGCAGAAGAUUCCAGAAGAUAAAAAGAUCCUACUAAAGGGUCUAAUCACAAGACAGGAAGUGGAACAGGCAAUAAACUCAAUGCAACUUGGCAAGGCCAGAUGGUCUAUCAGCGAAAUACUAUAAGAUAUUGAAAGACUGGCUUAUCCAACCUCUGGUAGAAUUAUGUAAUCUGAUUCUACGAGGGGGCAAAGCACCUGAAACCUGGAAGGAAGCAUAUGUUACUCUGAUUCCCAAGCAGGGUCAAGAUAGAUCCAAUGUCAAGAACUACAGACCAAUUUCCCUACUUAAUGUGGAUUACAAAUUUUUGCAAAUAUAUUGGCCAAAAGGCUAAAGAAAGUUUUAUCUAAGUAUAUCCACAAGGACCAGGCAGGAUUUCUGCCUGGAAGGCAUAUGAAAGAUAAUAUUAGAAAUGUGGAUAUUUUGGAAAAAUUGGAAGCAAGAAGGAGCUGUAAAGCAAUGUUAAUGUAUAUUGAUGCAGAGAAGGCCUUUGACAAUGUAUCUUGGAGUUUUAUUUACAUAAUUUUGAUAACAUGGGGGUUGGUCAAGACUUUCUAAAUGGUAUUAAAGCGCUCUAUCAAGAACAAAAAGCUAAAAUUAUUGUAAAUAAUGUGGUAUCAGAGGAAAUUAGACUAGAGAAGGGAACCAGGCAAGGGUGCCCACUUUCCCCUCUGCUGUUUAUUUCGGUCCUAGAGGUCUUGCUAAGUAUGAUUAGAAAAGAUGAACAAAUUAAAGGUAUUACAGUAGGAUCCAAGCAAUAUAAAUUAAAAGCCUUUGCUGAUGACUUAGUAUUGACAUUACAAGAUCCAGACUCCAGUGCAGUAAAAGCUCUGGAGCUGAUACAAGAAUUUGGCAGGUAGCGGGAUUUAAGUUAAACAAGAGCAAAACCAAAGUAUUAGAGAAAAAUCUGGACAAUGAUGAAAGAAAACUUUACAAGAAAAGACAGGCCUAGAUUUUGUGAAAAAAGUUAAAUAUUUGGGGGUGAACCUGUCUGGGAAAAAUCUGAACUUGUACAAAGAUAAUUAUGAGAAAUUAUGGAAUGAAAUUAAGAGCGAUUUGGAGAUAUGGUCAAAGCUAAUAUUGUCAUUAAUGGGCCGGAUCUCAGUAGUUAAGAUGAGUUUGUUGCCAAAGAUGAUUUUUUUGUUUCAAGCUCUCCCAAUUAUAGAUAAUGUGAAAUGUUUUAAAGAAUGGCAGAAAGCUUUAUCUAGAUUUAUCUGGCAGGGGAAAAAACCCAGAAUAAAAUAGAAAUUACUUACGGAUUCUAAAGAAAGAGGGGGAUUUUCCCUGCCAGAUUUGAAAAUCUAUUUUGAGGCAGCAGCGCUUUGUUGGAUUAAAGAAUGGAUACAAUUAGAAGAUACAGAUGUAUUAGAUUUGGAGGGAUUUGAUAAUGUAUUUGGAUGGCAUGCAUAUUUAUGGUAUGAUAAGGUAAAGGCCGAUAAUGCAUUUAAAAAUCAUGUAAUUAGGAAAUCGUUGUACAAUGUUUGGAUAAAAGACAAAGAUCUUUUAGAAAGGAAGAUGCCCAGAUGGCUUUCACCAAUGGAGGCGAAGGCCCAGAAAAAGUUAAAUAUGGAAAUAAAAUGCUUGAGAUAUUCAGAUUUAUUAUUGGAAGAUAAUGAAGGCUACAAACUAAAACCAUUUGAUCAAGUUAAAGAUAAGUUAAAUUGGUUACAUUACCACCAGAUUAAUGAAUUGUAUAAAAUAGACAGGAAAAAUGGUUUUGCCUCGGAAAAAUCUAAGUUGGAGACGGAGUUGUUGGAUUCUAAAGCUAAAAAUCUGUCUAAAAUGUAUAAGUUACUGUUGGAGUGGCAUACAAAGGAUGAACAAGUUAAAUCAGUAAUGAUAGAUUGGGCAAGAGAUGUAGGACACAACAUAAUGUUCAAGAAUUGGGAAAGACUGUGGAAGAAAGGGGUCAGGUUCACCUUCACCGCAUGUACAAUGUUAAAGGAGAAUAUAAUGAAAAUGAUGUAUAGAUGGUAUUUGACCCCUGUCAAAUUAGCAAAGAUUUAUCAUAACUGUGAUAAUCUAUGUUGGAAAUGUAAAGAAAAAGAAGGAACAUUUUAUCACGUGGUGGACCUGCCCCAAGGUGAAAGACUUCUGGGAAAAGAUUUAUAAAGAAUUGAAAAAAAAGUUGGAAUAUACAUUUAUAAAGAAACCAGAGGCGUUUCUUCUUGGAAUAACAGGUUUGGAAUUGCCCAAGAAAGAUGUUAAAUUAUUUUUGCAUGCCACAACUGCUGCUCAAAUACUAUUAGCUAAGAAGUGGAAAACGCAAGAACUACCAACUGUGGAAGAAUGGCAGAUGAAGAUGAUGAACUUUUCGGAGCUAGCUGACCUGACCGGAAGAGUCUGCGAUCAGAAUGAGGAGGAGUAUCAGGAAGAAUGGAAGAAAUUCAAUGACUAUUUAGCUAAAUACAUCAAGUUAAAAUAAUUGGAAAAAGCUUGCAAUUACCAACUAGACCUAGGAUUUAAAUAAGUAAUGUGAGGAAUUACAGUGGUGCCUCGCAAGACGAAAUUAAUUCGUUCCGCGAGUUUUUUUGUCUUGCGGUUUUUUUCGUCUUGCGAAGCACGGUGUCGGAAAAGUUUUGGAAAAGCUUCAAAAAUCACCAAAGUCUUCAAAAACCUCAAAAAGGCUACCACACCGCGUGCUAUGAGUUGCUCCUCGAAGUCAAGUCGCAACUGUAUUAACAGUUUUAAGAAAAAGGAAACAAACUUGCAAGACGUUUCCGUCUUGCGAAGCAAGCCCAUAGGGAAAAUCGUCUUGCGAAGCAACUCAAAAAACCAAAAACCCUUUCGUUUUGCGAGUUUUCCGUCUUGCGAGGCAUUCGUCUUGCGAGGUACCACUGUAUCAUGUUUAAUGCUGAAUUGGGAAGAUUGACUGAUGUUAAGGGAUUAAGUUAAGAUUUUAAGACUUUUUAGUUGGAAAACCGUUCAAAUGAUUUGCAUUGAAACCCAACUAGGGGGACUUGAGGACGUCAGUUAACAAUGUUAAAAAGAUAAGUUUUAAUAAGGAUAUGAUAUAUGUUUGUUUAUUUAUUUGUUUGUGUGUGUUUUAAUUUUGUGAAAACCCAAUACAAAAUUUUUGGGGAAAAGAAAGAUAAAUCAUAUGAUGUCAAGGGCGUGUCUGAAAUGGCAUUAUGGCAGGGGUCUCCAUCUUGUCAAGAGCCUACAUGCACCUAAAAACUCACCCUGGCAAGAUGGUGCCCAUUUUCAAGAGACCAAGCUGCGGACAAACACCGGCUCCCUCGGCCUGAAGCAAGAUGAGCGCUGCACCCCAUAGUUGAAUUUGACUGGACUUAGACUGUCCAAAGGUCCUUUACCUUUAUCUUACCUGUACUGGGUCCUUUUAAAAAAAAGUUUGACAUGGCCUAUAUUGAGGUUAGAAAGAAUGUUAGAGUUGAGCAUGGAGACCAAUAAAAUGCAUCAUUAUUAGGUUAUUUUCUCUGGGUUGAUAUCUACAUAGUGCUUUAAGAUAAGAAAAACGUGUCUCAUUUUAGGCCUCCAAAUCAGGAAUUCUUUGCACUGCAAAUUUGGUCAGCCUUAUGCAACUUAAACUGUAAGCACCUUUCUUCAAGUUGCAAAAAUUAAUUUCUGUCUGUGCAUAUUUCUUGUCUAAGCCCUUUAAAUUGACCAGUGGAGUAAAACAAAUUUGUACACUUUUUUAUUUCUAUAUCAAUGACAUGGUCCUACAUUUAACUUUGGUGGAAAUCAAACAUUCAGUGUAACUUGAAUUACUAUCAUUUCCACGAGCUAAAUGAGAUCAUGAUCAUAGACAAGUGUCAACUAAGGGACUGGUGUUACUGGACAGAAUCUCAACGGGAUUUUCAAGUAAUCAAAUCCUCAGAAGUUCCCUGUGGUUUCUACUCUUAUAAACGGUGCAUUUGAGAGCCAACUCCCUGUCUAAACUUUGGCCAGCUUCAUUAGGAUCUUCCUUUGCUGAGCUGUGUUUCCAUUGCCCUCUGCUGUCCUGUAUGGGCAUUAUAAUAGGGUUCCAUACACAUAUAGAUAUUUUAUUUGUGGGCAGUUGCGAGUGGAGGACACCCAGCAAUAUUUAUUACAGUACCCACUAUCCUCAGAACCUAGGAGACACUUUCUAAAUCCCUUGGUUGUCCAGGAAAGCUGUCUCUCCCUGGCAGAGAGGGGUCUAUGGCUGCUCAGGGAUGCUAAUGCUCCAAUGACUUAUAACGUGACCCUCUUCGCGCUGGUGGCAAGAAAGAUCGGUAAGAAAAACCUGGACAAAAUUGCAGUAAACUGUAAGGGAGAUUCAGAGGCCUAAAUAGGAAACUCUCGCAAGCUGUGUGACGCCCUCAUUCUACACGAGCAUUUGCAUUUUAUGAUCUUGAUGGUUCAGGCAGUGGCUCUGCUUUUUAUAUGUAAUUAUAUAGAUACUUCUUUUUCCUCACAGUGUUGGUAUGAUUUUGUCAUGGCCUUUGGCAAGUACAGUAAAGCUUAUUUUAUUGUUGUGUGUCUACUGGUGUUACUUGAGUGGUUUCUACAGAACGUGCAUAAAGUGCAGGCGUGGGCACACUUGGGUUUAAAGGCCUGUGCAUGUUAUCUACACUGCAUAUUUACUUUGUGAAACACCAGUGUCAGUGCCGAUACGUCCAUAGCAACUGUGCUCACCUCAUAAAGUGUAGAGCCACUCUGAGGUACUGUCAUGUGAUUUUAUGUGUGGAUUGCAAAGUCUAGUCUUCUUAAAAUCCAAGGCACGUUGUAGUGUGUUAGGCAGAAAUAGAAAUGACUGUUACUGUGGUCCUGCAGGUGGAGCUCAAGCGCUCCUAUUGAGUUUUGCUCAAAGCAUGAUGGUUUCUAUUACUUUUAAUCUUACAACUAAACUGACCAAUGGAUCAAAAAUUCAGAAAAUCUUUUGUUGUUGCCCUUUCUUGUACAUCUAUGACAGUUCCCAAAAAUCUGUAAGAAUUUACUUUAUGUAGGAGCUAGAAUUAUCGGUAUCUGGCUACUCUUAAAUGAGAUGCUUCUCUCUCCUCCUAAGGUUUUGAAUGACACCUGGGUCUCCUUUCCAUCCUGGUCUGAAGAUUCCACGUUUGUGAGCUCCAAGAAGACUCAGUAUGAAGAGCACAUCUACCGGUGUGAGGAUGAACGAUUUGAGGUAGCUAUAUCAGAGCUUAAUGUCAUGGGAAGCUUGUGAUACUAUGUUAGGUUGACUUAAUAUGUGCUUUGAUGAAUGAAUAGUUCUUGAUAGCUUUGGUGUAAAGCACUAACCAAGAGUGUGGGUUGUGAGAAGGAAGGCCACCAAUUUGAACCUUGCUCCCACAGCAAACAGAGUAGGAGCCUAAAAGACUCACCUCUGCUUCUGUAAUAUGGGGUAAUAAUACCAGCAUUCCUUGCAAGGUUGUUGUAAGGAUUGACUAUGGUUGUGUAUGUGAGGUGCUUUGAGCACUCAGUGCUGUAUAAAUGCACAAUAGUAGUAUCAUGGUGGUUUGCUAUAGUCUUCCUAUCUUACCCUCCCAGAUAUAAUACUUGUCAAAACUUUGCUUGCUGCCAUGUGCAUCUCCUGAAAGUGAGUAGCUGCAGGCUCAUAGGUUUGAUGUUUUGCUUCACAUAGAAAUUAAAUUACCUAUUACAAUAGCACCCUCCACCCACCCAAAAAUUAGAUUUAAAGACUAUUGGAUGUGAAUAAGGGUUUUGUUUGGAUCUAUUGCUCUGCUUUUCAUCUCAGUUUCCACCAUCUUACACAGUGUUGAAAAGCCUUUUGUACUAUAUGUAAGAACCCCAUUCCCACAUAUGCCAGAAUUUGUUUAUUUUUUAUAGUUUUUAUAGUUUAUUGCUAUAAGCCAUGGCUGAUGCAUGCUCUCCAUUUCAGCUGGAUGUUGUCUUGGAGACCAACCUAGCAACCAUCAGAGUCCUAGAGACGAUACAGAAGAAACUCUCACGCUUAUCAGCUGAGGAGCAGGCCAAAUUCCGGCUGGACAACACUUUGGGCGGCUCCUCAGAAGUUAUUCAUCGCAAGGCAUUGCAGAGGAUAUAUGCUGACAAGGCAGCUGACAUCAUUGAUGGGCUUAGGAAGAACCCAGCCGUCGCAGUCCCUAUUGUGUUGAAAAGGUAACUGGGAAAUGCAGGUGGAGCACCCUCAUCCCCCUCCUUUUUCAGUUUCCCCAAGUGCUGCUUUUUAAUGAUGGUUUUUUGGGUGGCAUUUUUGUCCUGUCAUUUAGCAAGGUUCUCAGUGUGACUGAUGAUUCAUUGCACAAUUUAAAAAGCAAUUUCAGGUAGACCCUUGCCUACGUGGAAGUUACAUCCCAAGGCACUGCAAAUACCAGUUAAAUUGUAUAUAAUUGAAACACAUUGAAAAAGCCUGCAACGCCCCACCCCCCGUUCCACCCUUUUAGUGACGUUUCAGUGACAUCUUUAUGAUGUUUUAGGGUCCCUUCUGUGUUUGGCACAAUUCACUAGCAUAAGGUUGCACACAUAUUGAACAAGUGUGAAGGGAGGCUGCCUGUAAUUUAAAAGGCAAUAUAAAAAUACAUAUCCAUUAAGUGAGUGUGUGUACUAUAUAUAGAAUUAUAGAAUCAUAGAAGCUUAGAGCUGGAACUGCCUGCAGUGCAGGAAUCCCAGCUAAAGCAUCCAUGGCAGAUGACCAUCCAACCUCUGCUAAAAAACUUCCAAGAAAUGAGAGUCCACAGCCCCCCAGGUGAGACCAUUCCAGUGUCAAAGAGCUCUUUCUUAUAUAUGCACAGCCUCAAAUUCCACAACAGAGACAAAAACUUAAUCAAUACAAUAAAUUAAAAGGCCCGGUGCCAAAGAGAUGCCAAAGAAGGCACCAGGUCAGCUUCUCCAGGGAGGACAUUCCAAAGCUAGGCAAGGAAAAUGCCAUCUGUCAUGUUGACAGGAGUUCAUAGUUGAGGGUCACAUACAAAGAUCUCUGGCUGGGUAGGUAUAUGCAAAAGAGCAGUCCUUACAAGGUAACCUGGUCACAAUCUGUAAAGAAAUAUAAAGUCAAAGCUAAGACUUUGAAUUGGACCAGGAGUGGACCAGGAGCCUGUGCAGCAGUCAGGGCACUCCGCCCCAGCUUGCAGUUUGUAUUCAAAAGUCACUCAAGUUCCAGGCAAUUCUCAAAAGCAGCCUCCCUUGCAUCACGUUGCUUAUGGCCCAGAGAAGCUCAACGCUGGUGACCACUCACAUUUGUCUCUCGCGCCCCCCCCCCACACUGAGCUCAAAGUGGCAUAUAUGGAUGGGUUUUAGCUCGCUUUAUCCUCACAAAAGCCCUGUGACAUAGAUUAGACCAAGAGCAUGUGGUGAGCUGCACAGUUGAGUGAGGUUUGGAACAUGGAUCUCCUGCACCCAAGUCCAUCAUGCUAGCUGUGGAUUCAAAUGAAGUUACAGCAAAGCAGCUGCUACAGGAGAGUGGAUGGUAAACUUCUGUUCAUGGCAGAGAAUGUUUUUUUAAACAGGGAAAGAUCCGCAAUGGUGAUUAAUCUGGAAUGUUCUGAUCUAGUCAUGAAUUAUAAUACAGUGGACUCUCGGGUUGCGAACUGAUCCAUGCGGGGGGCAGGUUCACAACCCGCAACGUCCGCAACCCGCAGCACCACGUCUGCGCACGCACGGGUUGCGAUUCGGUACUUUUGCGUAUGCACAUGCGCCAAAACCCGGAAGUAAUCUGUUCCGGUACUUCCAGGUUUUGGCGCUCCGUAUCCCAAAAACGCGCAACCUGAAGUGUCUGUAACCCAAGGUAUGACUGUAGAGCUCAAGACCAAAGUAGCCCAUUUUCUGUGUUACAUCACCUUCUGCUCGUGUUCUCCCAUGCUGAAUGUGGUCAAAUCACGAAUGCCUUGAAUAUCCCUUGAAUGUUAAAGUCUGUCAAAGGCAGGAUGCUUUAUUCCUGCUAGUCCUCGUGGCUGUACUCAUCUCUCAGGCCAUGUUGCCUUUCUUUCUGUUAAGGUUAAAAAUGAAAGAGGAGGAGUGGAGAGAAGCCCAGAGAGGAUUCAACAAAGUAUGGCGGGAACAGAAUGAGAAAUACUACCUGAAGUCCCUUGACCACCAGGGCAUCAACUUUAAACAAAAUGACACCAAGGUCUUAAGAUCAAAGAGCCUUCUUAGCGAGAUUGAGACUAUUUACGAUGAGGUAGGUUGGAGGCUUUGCCCUCUCUGUUUCAACCUUAUUUCAUCCUGAUUGACAAUUGAUGGAAAGGAUGUUGUGUAACCCGAAGCAUUUGUAACACGAGGUACCACUGUACUAUAAUCUGAGGUGGGCAAAAGGGUUUUGGAUAGAGAGGAGAAAUAGCUGCACCGAUGGUGGGAAAGCUUUCAAGGAAACUGGUCCUUUUGGGUGCCAUGAAGUCUGCUCUGGCCUCCAGAUGAGUGGCUUUGUAUAAACUAGAGCUGUCCAAGUGGUCGAUUGUGAGCUGCUGGUCAAUCGUGGGUUGAUCCUGGUUGAUCACAUGAAAACAACUCUGGCCUCUCCCCCUAAAAAAAAGCUCAGCAACUUUGGUCAAUCCAGUGGGUAGAUCACUGCCAGUUUAUUUAUAGUGGGAGCAGAUCGCAGUCUCUUGGAAGUUGGUCACCCCUGGUAUAAACUUAAUUAGUUGCGCAGAUCUUUUUAUACUUACUGGGGUAGAGCACUUUCCUGUCCAGCCCAGUCAGUGAUUUUCAGCUGAUGAGAGAAGAGAGCCAUGUGGAGAUGGAUUUCAUGCUCUUUCUCUCCUGAUUUUCAGAGGCAGGAGCAGACUUCUGAAGAUAACAUUGGCCCUCACCUGUCCUUAGCCUACGAAGAUAAACAGAUCCUGGAUGACGCUGCCUCUCUAAUUAUCCACCACGUGAAGCGGCAGACAGGCAUCCAGAAAGAGGACAAAUACAAAAUCAAGCAGAUCAUGUAUCACUUCAUCCCAGACCUGCUCUUUGCUCAGCGAGGCGAGCUGUCUGAUGUGGAGGAGGAGGAAGAGGAAGAGAUGGAUGUGGACGAAGGCUCAGGGGCUGUGAAAAAGCACAAUGGUGUGGGGGGUAGUAGCCCUCCUAAAGCCAAGCUGCUCUUCAGCAACACGGCAGCCCAGAAGCUGCGUGGAAUGGAUGAAGUCUACAACUUGUUCUAUGUCAACAACAACUGGUACAUUUUCCUCCGUCUCCACCAGAUCCUCUGCUUGCGGUUGCUGCGAAUAUACAACCAGGCCGAACGGCAGAUUGAAGAGGAGAAUCGGGAAAGGGAGUGGGAGCGGGAUGUGCUGGGUGUCAAGCGUGACAAGAGUGACAGCCCUGCCAUCCAGCUGCGGUUGAAAGAGCCAAGUGAGUACACCCAUACUUGGCUGGGGCUAGUGUGGCAGGUGCUGGUCUUUGACAAUGGUCUCCAAGGCAGACGUGGUGGGGCCGCUUUCUGUUGUAAAGAGCCAUCUUCCUUCCCAUCAGCACAGUUUGGCUUUUGCUCCAGCCAAGAAAGGCCCUUGUCAUCUGCUACAACCUAGAGUGAUGGCAAUAACUUAAGGGGCUUUAGAAUGAGUGUUAGCUCUGCGCUCAAUGAAUUUAUCCACCAGUGGCUAUCAGCUACUAUAGCUACGUGGAGGCUCCAGAUGCAGUAGGUGUAUAGCUCUGAAUGCCAGGCUCUGGGAGCAAGGAAUGGAAGGGACUGCAACUUUUCUGUCCAGCCAGUAAGCCUUCCUGAACUGCCUGCAAGCAGAAUGCUGGAUAGGUCUUCCUCUGCAGUCAAGAGGGAUAACUCCUAUUCUCUUGCUCUUCUCCUUUCCCUGUUGCUUGUUUGCCUCUGCUGCCAGAGAUUGAUGUCCCCAAAACUUCAACCGGAUUGGUUAAUGAUUAUAACCCAAACAACAAUAAAUGGUUCAAACUAUUGUUUAUUUUUUAAGUUGAGAGAUAAGAAAUAGAGGAUACAAUGCUAAGUCCAGUGAAGGACCCAGACAAGAAUAAAGUUAAAAGGGUACUGAAUAAAACUGGACAAAGUAUUUUUUUUUAUUAAAAAAAAAUGCAAGUUUCAGCAGUUACAUGGAAAGAUUCAAAUCUUGGUAACUCUUUGCUAGCAAGCAGUGAGUAAUAGGUAUCUCAUUAGCGAAGAGAAGGAAAUGGGCUUCUGCAUCUACCUGAUAAGGAAGGAAGAUAUGACAUCCCAAACACAUACAGUCGUACCUCGGAAGUCAAACAGAAUCUGUUCUGGAAGUCCAUUCGGCUUCUGAUUGGCUGCAGGAAGCUCGGCGUUCGGGAGCCGAGGUAUGACUGUAUAGGUGGCCAAGAGAGGACUGGCAUAGAUAGAUAGAUAGAUAGAUAGAUCCCAGCCGCCCCCCUUCAAGCAUUUUUAAGUAAUGACAGGUGUCUCCCUCUUUACGUUCCUGGGUAUGCUCCAUGUAUACAUGUGAUUGCGUAGAGUGGGGAACACCAUCUAAAAGCCAAACUCUGCCCAAAAUUGGCCAAACUCCAUCACAGUCUCUCCCUCCAAAUCUUUUUCUCAAACUCCAAUAUAAUCUCCCACCUUCCUACUGGCCCAUAUCAACAUUUAAUGGCCAGGUGGUGAGAGGGAGGGAGAAGCAGGUCUCACGUGGAGCAUCCUUCUUUCCCCUUUUAGUGGAUAUCGAUGUGGAAGAUUACUACCCAGCUUUCCUAGACAUGGUGCGGAACCUGCUGGACGGCAACAUGGACUCUUCGCAAUAUGAGGACUCUCUUCGUGAGAUGUUCACCAUCCAUGCCUACAUUGCCUUCACCAUGGACAAGCUGAUUCAGAGUAUUGUUAGACAGGUGAGGAGGGGACAGGGGAUCUGGGGCUUUCAAGAAAGAACAGGCCUUGUCAGUGCUGUGCUCUAGAAAACCAGUUCAGGGCUCAGUCACUUACUGCUGAACCUCAUCUGUCUACCAGAGGAGAUGGGGAUGAGAAAUCCAGGAGGUUGUGUUACCUUUUUGUCUUAACUAUUUUGAGCGAGUGAUUGAUUUAUAUAGCACUUAAUGCCAAAGUAGGCCUCUAAGUGGUUUAUCAAGUUACACAAAAAUUAACUUGUACCCACACUUGUUACCCGUAGAAGGAAUUGCUAUUGGAUGAUGUGCCAUUUGUGAGCUGUAGUUAAUUCUCUCUCUGGCACGAUUUAGGCUGCAAUUUUAUGUGGGUUUUUUGCACUUGAUAAUUUUGGUUACCAGAAAGCAUUGUAAUGUCUCCUGUAUAUGAUAUAUCAACAGCUUCAGCACAUUGUGAGCGACGAACUCUGUGUACAGGUGACAGAACUGUACCUGGCUGAGAACAGCAAUGGAGCUACCGGAGGCCUGCUGUCAUCACAGUCAUCUCGGUCCCUUGUAGAGACAGCAUACCAGCGCAAAGCUGAGCAGCUAAUGCAAGAUGAGAACUGCUUUAAGGUAAAAAAAAAAAAAAGUCUUGGAGUCUUCACAAAGCUAGGAAGAGAGAUCCUGAUGUACUUAGAGUGGGGGUAACGGAAUGGGGACGAUCUUCUUUGUCACUAGCAAAACAUCCAAGGAUGUGCACGUUUCCAAAUUGCAUUAUGCUUACUGAGCAAUUCACCAGGUAUUUCACCUGGCUUCUGCCAUCGCCCCUUGCAACCACAAUUGGCAUAACCACCUACCAGUUCCAGUGCCAUAGAGACAAAUCGCAAAAGGUGCUAUAGGCUUGUAUGCAGCAGUGGUUGCUUAAUGAUGCUCUUGGCCACAUGCAGGUAAGCUGUUGUGCUCCGUCAAACAAGCACCUAACUAGUGAAAUAUAUGUAGUUGUUUUUCUAAUGAUUUAUAGUACAUUUGACGCAAGCUGGCAGAAGCAGUAUUUAGUCAGAUCCCAAUUAGCUGCUCUUUCUGUUUUGAACAAGCAUAGAAAGAAGGUGGCUGCCUCACCUGUGUGCGGGCAGAGGCUUCCAUUUCCCUGAAUUGCUAUUCUUAGCAUUUUCAUUUUGGUUUCUUGGGUGUCAGUAGAGUGCCUUUCGCUUCUCCCCCACCUUCAUCACUUUCCCAAAUGCUACACUAGACAGACUUAAGCAUGGCUUAACUAUAGUCCUGAUCCCUUACACUUUUCUUUCUAUUAAGUAAAUGUUGUCCCCCACCCCACCUCCCUUACAGAUACACCACCAAAGUCCCAGUUUUUUCCACCAGCUCUUCACAAUUAUUUUUCUCCUCUACAACUCUCUAGUUCCCUUGCGCAUGGACAUUCUUUAGUUGCACUCACACUACCCAGAGCUUCAUUUGCACCUGAGAUCAAAAUGCUGUUAAAUAUAAUGUUUCCUUCCACUGAAGUUCGCUCUGUGUUCCCAUUGCUUCUCUGCAGCAAUUUCCAUUCCUUUUUUAAAAAUUUGUCCCUACAGGCUGGAGCAAGUUGAUAUAAAGCUUUUGGUUUCUCUUUUCCCCCCUCAAACCCAAAAUUGUGGGUUUGGGGAAGAGUAGCAGGUGAUGGACUCAGCUCCAUCAUUUGUAGCUGAAGUGCUUCCUGCUGUAGUCAGCAAGUCUGGGAAACAAGCAGAAACUGAAGAAAGACAGCUGGGGUAGUGAGAAGCAGAAAAGUGUAGCCACAGAACUAAUUUAAAAAUGCAAUGCCCAGCCCCCCUGCUCAGUGAAUCGAAGGACUUGCAGGAUUAGUGACUCAGCAGUCCAGCCUGGUCUUGCGGCAUGGCUUAGCAGCCGGGAGGGCAAUUCCCUCACUUUCACCUUAAGGGCAAAAUAAUGCAGUUUCUUGAUGGAGGCUGCUAGCCUAAAGAAACUCAUGGUUGCUAUGGUGAUAGUGGCUGACUCAUCUGUAGACUUCCAGCAGAGAACUUUUCAAGUGAGCUCUCUGCUUAUCUGAACCUUCUUCGAUCUCUAACAAGGUGGCUUUACAUUGCUGGGCCAAGUUCAGCCUGUAUAGCAUGUAUAUGGCUUUGGGUACCUAAUAAAAACUCUGAGGAUUAUUGAGCUCCUUACUGAAGUACUGUCUUUUGUUGUGCAGUUGAUGUUUGUUCAGAGCAGAGACCAUGUUCAGCUAACUAUUGAGCUGCUUGACACAGAAGAGGAGAACUCUGACGACCCUGUUGAGGCUGAGGUAAGAAAAGGACUGCUGUUGGUUGGUGGUUCUUAGUUUCAGCUAUCAAAGGAACAUAUAUGCAUUUUUACUGAAGCGCUUCAGGUGCAGUAAAAAUAGGUCCAGGUUCUAUUAUGUGGAUUUUUUCAGAUUUUAACAUGUAUAGUUUUUCUGUGUAUAGUAAUAAGCAGAUGCUGCUGUUUAUCUUCAGAAUAUGAGUAGUUUAUAUGUGUGCAAGUCAGUAUAUUCAGGCUUCAUCUGAUUAGGUGCAUUCAGGUCAGAAACAUUCGUGACUGCUAGAUAACUGAUUUUUUAAAAGCAAGCUGAAAACAUUAGCCAUAGUAGGUGCCUAAUUCCAAACGUUGCAUUUUGAAGCAUUACAUACAAACAACAAGACAAGGUGAACCUCAAACAAUUUCCAAUAUUUAGUUGGAGUUGCCCAGUGCUUUUCUAUGACGUCUUCAUGCGGAACAAUGACUGCAUGCAUUCUUAGGCUUGAAAGCAAACAAAAAGUCCUUCCAAAAUAUUUAGGUUCACACAACAUAAUUAUUCAGUGCCAAGGCUACUCAUAGAAGAUACUGUUGUGCAUUGCCAAAGAUCACUGCCAAAGCCAGAAGGGUCUAAUCUUAUUUCUUUUUAUAGCCCUUUGUCCCUCAAGUUUGGGGUGAGUAAUGCAAUAUUUUUAGCAAUACAAGUGAAAGAGCAAUAUAUUGUCCUUAACAUGAAAUGGUUCAGGCUGCUUUCAUUGUGACCAAUGUAGGGAAAAGGAGUGUGAGUUCUUUCAAAAAUGGAACUAAACUUCAAAAGUUUGAUCCUGAAAGUUACAGAUGCAUUUGCACUAAAAAAAUUCUAUAAAAUCUUGGCUUACCAAGAUCAGUGAGUUGCCACUUAUAAAUGUUGUAACAUUUGUGCCAUUGAACAGUAACUUUAAGCAGAUUAUUCUAUCCCUGCUUUAAAGUCCAAGUGGCACAUACCUCUGCUGUUCUAAAACAAAUAAGACAGGGUUUCCCCAGCCCUUUUUUUACAAAUAAUGAGUGUCGCAUCAAUAAUAAUAAUAAUAACAAAAACAACAACAACAACAACAACAACAACAAUAAUAAUUUAUUAUUUCCCCAGCCAUUCUGGGCGGCUGCCUUCAGAUGUCUUUUAAAAGUAAGAUAGUUGCUUAUUUCCUUGACAUCUGAUGGGAGAGCAUUCCACAGGGCGGGCGCCACAGGAGGCCCUCUGCCUGGUUCCCUGUAACCUCACUUCUCACGGGGAGGGAAUCGCCAGAAGGCCCUCAGAGCUGGACCUCAGUGUCCAGGCUGAAUGAUGGGGGUGGAGACGCUCCUUCAGGUAUACUGGACUGAGGCCAUUUAGGGCUUUAAAGGGUCAGCACCAACACUUUGAACUGUGCUCAGAAAUGUACUGGGAGCCAAUGUAGGUCUUUCAGGACCGGUGUUAUGUGGUCUCGGCAGCCACUCCCAGUCACCAGUCUAGCUGCCGCAUUCUGGAUUAGUUGUAGUUUCCAGGUCACCUUCGAAGUAGAGUGCAUGGCAGUAGUCCAAGCGGGAGAUAACUAGAGCAUGCACCACUCUGGCGAGACAGUCUGCAGGCAGGUAGGGUCUCAGCCAGAUGAAGCUGGUAGGCAGCUGCCCUGGACACAGAAGGGGAAUGGAAGCUCCUCGGAAGUGGGGCUGCGUGCAUGGUCCUUCAUCCUUGGGUACCGGCGUAGGAAAGCUUCCUCUGUUAAAGGGAGCUCAUUGGUGCAUCUCUUUAUUCUGUGUUCUAUUUCAGCGUUGGACCGACUAUGUGGAUCGGUAUGUCAAUUCUGAUUCUACCUCUCCUGAACUACGGGAACAGCUGGCCCAGAAGCCAGUAUUUCUGCCAAGGUGAGUGAAAUGAUAUUGCGCAUUACUCUAAGAACUAAUGGGUCAUUUUGAGGCAUGCAUUUCCUCUGGAGAUCAUAGCCCCAUUGCCUAGGGUCACUGUAGGAAACUGGCAGCUGGAAAGAACAUGGUGGCAGUUGUGUGCUGCUGCUGCUGCUGCUGCUGCUAAUAAUAAUAAUAAUAGUCUGAGAGUUCCUUGUAGGCCUCUGCUCUUGUGACUUUAGUUGCCCCCCCCCCCCAAAAAAAAACCCCAACAAAGCAGAAAUAGGAAAUGUUUCAGAUCGGGGUGGUCACUAAUAUGUACUUGGACAACCCUGCUUCAGCUUCAUGCAAUUGCACUGUGUACAGACUUUGUAAACAGCUUUGAAGCUCUCCCAUGGUUGUGGCUAAGUGCUGAUCCACACAUUAAAAACAGCCGUAGCUGUCUGUCUAUGUCUCCCUCUCCUUGUGGUGGAAGGCCCUUCACCGAGUGCUUGGCGCAAGCAAAGAGGAAAGGAGUGGGUCACAAGGACUGGUUGAUCUAAUGCUUGCCUGUACUGAGGAGGAAAAUCUAGCCAGCAAAUGUCAUCAUGAGCUUUUGUGGCAAUUCUUUGAAUGAAUGUGCCUUGGUAGCAUAUCAAAGAUCACAUUUUUGGUCAGGAAAAAAGGAUGGUUAUGUAUAACAGGAGUUUCUCCUCCGCAGUGCAGGUCAAGCACCAAUUUAGCCAGUGCCUGGGAAUCACCCUUCCCCUCUCAGCUUGGGCUGAACUCUGCUGGGAGGGGAUUUGCUCCUUUCCCCAGCAGUUUUUCAGCAAGUGGAGGAGGAUGCAGGCAACCACGGCAACGUUAAAUGUGUUAAUCAUCCCUUACGCUCUUAUCGUCAUUCAGCACGAGCAGUGUGAUGGAUUUUGAGGAGCAGGCCCCGCGAGCCACAACGUCCAGCCCGAUGAGGGAGGCGGGUGCUAAUUCCAGCAGGGGCUCUCUGCUUUACAGGAACUUGAGGCGGAUCCGCAAGUGUCAGCGGGGUCGGGAGCAGCAGGAGAAGGACGGGAAGGAGGGUAUCAGCAAGAAGCCCUUGGAGAACGUGGAGAGCUUGGACAAACUGGAGUGCAAAUUCAAGCUCAACUCCUACAAGAUGGUGUACGUGAUCAAAUCGGAGGAUUACAUGUACAGGAGGACUGCUCUGUUGCGUGCCCAUCAGGUAGGCCUGAGCAAAGCGGGUGGGGUGAGCAGCUGUGGCUUCUCCUCAAGGGAAAGCUGCAGGCAGCCAGGAUGCAGUGGUGUUUUGGUUCAUUCCCCCUGCAGCCCUCUGCUUGCAUCACUGUUCAUCAAAGCAACCGUGCUUAUGACCAGAGGUGUCAGGGUCUGGUCCGUAUCUUACUGGGAGAUCAACUGGGAACUCACUGUAUUCUGCAUACACUGGCUUGCCUUGUUGCCAGUAAAGGGGGAUCACUUCAGUGGUACACUUAGUAUGUGUAAUGGGAGCCACUUUUUCUGGCAGAAAACCUGUGUCCAUUAGACUAUAUGCAGAUUGUGACAUGGAGGGAAAAGAGGGUUGUACAUGUGCUAAGCAGGCAUGCAUGUCUGACCAAGGCCUCACUGCAUAAUGCCAGUCACUAAAGCUUUCUCUUGUUUUCUCCCUUCCUUGUAGUCCCAUGAAAGGGUGAGCAAAAGGCUGCACCAGCGAUUCCAGGCCUGGGUUGACAGGUGGACCAAGGAGCACGUGACCCGUGAAAUGGCAGCUGAAACUAGCAAGUGGCUAAUGGGGGAGGGCUUGGAAGGCUUGGUGCCUUGCACCACUAGCUGCGACACAGAGGACCUGCACUUCGUGAGCAUUAACAAGUACCGCGUCAAAUAUGGCACAAUAUUCAAGACGCCCUAAACUCCUGGGGGAUAGGAAAAGGUCGAGUUGUGGGUGCACAUUUCGUGCAGGUUCAUCAAGGAAAACAAGGAAGAUGCCUUCCUCCCGCCUCCUCCCCAGCCCCUCGCUGUUAUCUCUGUAACAACAGCCACUUCUGGACUAAUUCAUAGCUGGUACAUCUUGUUGCCCCAGGGGGCCACUUUUGGAAAUGUCCAUCCUGAGAAACAGAAGCUGGAACUGCUGCCCAGAGGCUGAGAUCACACGCAUGCUCCAUGCCAUGAGGGGCGCUGAGGUGUCCAAGUCGCUGUAGAGAAGCCCAUCUUUCCUGUACACACACCAGCAGCGUUCUCCCAGCCACAUGGGCAUCAGUGACAACUGGGGGCUUUGAAUAGCCUGACAAGAUGUGGUGCGUUUGAACACCCCCUCCCCAAGAAGAAAAAGGAAAAAAAGUCUUGCAGCCAGAGUAUCUUGGUUGGGAAUCUCCAAAAUGCCCAGUCCCCAGCUUCAACAGGAGUAGGCAGCAGACUUUCUGGAACCUUCCAUCGGCUCUCAGGGCUCAGCAGUCCAGAUGGCGGAAACAUUGGCUCUUGAGUUUGCUGCCCCCUUCUCUUUUCUCUCCAGUUCCUUCCUUGCUAUCUGGGUGCCUGACUUAACACAAACCAUUUAAGAUCGGUCAGUCCUUUCCAGUGCCAGUGGAACGAUCGUUUUGUUUGGGGUUUGUUUUUUGUUUUGUUUUUUUGAACCUGCUUGUUUACUAGUCUCUCUUAGUGCCAUGCACCAGCUUUUCACACAAACACUUCCUCUCACCUACACAGUACCCCUAUACAGACAACACAAGCUUUCACAAUAGCAACAACCUAUAUUAAACUGGUUUCCCCCCUCUUUUUUUGUAAAUAAAUGUACAUACUUGUCAAAUUUUUUUUGUUUUUUAUUAAAGAAAAAGUAUGCUUGAUGUGCUAGUAUAACUAUACUAGCUUCUUGUGUACCUUAGUACCAGGUGGCUUCAGGUUCAGGUUUUAGUACCUACAGAUGAGAGUGACAGAGACAUUUUUAUUACACUUUCUACCAAAGGGAGUUAUCAUUGUAGUGCUUUGUGUGGAAACUUGUUCCUUUUUGUAAAAAAUAAAUAAAUACAAAAAUACAAAAAUAUUAUUAUUAUUAUUAAUAAUAAUAAUAAUAAUACAUAUUGGUUCUUACCAGAGAAAGAUGUGUUCUUGCUGGUUCCCUCACUCUGUUCUGAGAGAUGUAUGGCUACCAAUUGCGGGCAGGGAGGCAUCCAACCCCUCAAAAAAAAUUAUUAAUGGAAAGGGAAAAAAGGAUAUGCGUGUGAGAGAGAAUGAGAAUGUGUGUGUAGUGGGAUUACAUGACUCGUAUUUUAAGCAGCCUAUGUGAUAUAUGAAUGAUAAUAUAUAUCAGAAUUUUUAAAUUCUUUUUGUUUGUUUGUUUUGGGGAGAUUGUUUUGCUGGGUAGUUUUUUUAUUAUCCACCUAGUCUUCCAGCUCAGAGAAUUUGCACUUUUUGAAAGUGUUGCUGAGCUCCCUAGUUUGGGGUUGAUUGUGCUUUCUUGUGUGAUUCUUCUCAUUGUUGAAGAAAAUAUCCUAAAUACCAAACCAGUAUUUGACAGAGCUGCUCAAGAGAGAGAGAAGAGAGAGUGUGUGUGUGUGUGUGUGUGUGUGUGUGAGAGAGAGAGAGAGAGAGAGAGAGAGCACACAUGCAAGACCAUAGGAAAAAAGAGGGGUGGCCUUUUGUGGUUUCACCAGUAACAUACACAAGCAGGGACAUUUUUUUUUACUAUUGAUGGCACGAACAAAAACUGAAGAUAUGAAGGUCUCUCUUUAAAAAAAGUUGCUGUGGGUUUUGUAAAUGGCAAUGAACCUAACAUUUGUGCCCUCCUCCAAGGAGGCGUUGGUUGCUUGUACAAAGUGACAAAACCAAGAGACCUUUAAAAAUAUGGCUUGCUGGUAUUUGUCUUCUCCCCAAAUCUGCCAAACUUACAUCUCUCCAGGUAUCCCAGCAAGUAGCUGUCCACACUCUCAGAACAGUGUUGUCACGGUCCAAGGCAAAGAAAUUAGAGAGGAGAAAAAGAGGACCUGUGCAAGUAUCUCUCUCUUCCCUGUAGCUUAAGAGAAGAGGGUAGAGGUGCAGGAUGGGCCUCUGCAGUAAGAGGCAGGUUUGCACAGGGGAAUGUGACCUGCAGCGGUAAAAGCAAGGAGUGGAGCCCAGCCGGGGAGUUCUUAUGGUAUGCCAGCAAUAAGCUAACUUACCCAUGUCUCCUUCCCUUGCCCUUUUAAAAGAGGGGGAUGACAACACUACUGUGUCCUGUUCCAUUUUGCUUGUGCUGCUCCCCUGCUCCUCACUCUCGACAGCCUCUCAGAUGUACUUCUUCUGUGUAUAUUUAAACUAUCAGUUUAGACCUUUUUACCAAGUUAGAAGAUAAAACACUUUGCCCAAGUGUCAUUUUGAACAAGACAGGUAGAGCAGGGUGGGAUUUUUUUCUCACCCAGUGUUUUUGAGGGUAAGAAAAACCCCUGCAGCUGCAAAAUAAAGGAGGCCACUGCCCUUCCUGUAGCAGGAUUUCAGAAUUCAGCAUUUCUCUCUCCCCACCCCCUGACCCUCCCAACCCUGAUGUCUGACAUCUGAGCUCCAAGCUCCUAGUCCUGGCCUGUACAAAUAGCAAAAUACUUUCGUUCUUAUUUUAAAUUGCUUUUGUAUUCUGUAAUGUGAACCUUUUUGCCACCUAUUCAUGUGAUUUCUAUACAGAUGUUGUAAACUUGACUGUAGUGCAGUAUUUCCAUUAAAAUAUCAGGGCUACUCGUGUACAGAUUUGGUGGUCCUUCCUGAUCAAACUUGGCCAAAAACAUUGGUGAGGUCUUGAUUGGGUGAACUUGAAAAGUGCUGUUUGGGCUCUUGACUUGCAUGCAUUUGCCUCUGGUGUGCAAAACUGCUCAAAGCGGGUUGGUUCUCUUCAAUAGACAAGCGCAACAGUGAGCAAAAAUGUUUUCGGUUGUUGGGAUUGUAAUUCCCUUUUGUCAGAUAUGGUACAAAGGUGCUGGUAUACUUGAUUCUGAUUUGAAGAAGUUUGAUAGGGGUCUGUCCCCUUUAGAAUUGGAAGUAUGGCCUCAUCUAAGUACAGAUUGGCAAAUUGCAAUUUUCAGUUUCAGUCUGUUUCUCAUUUUUCCAAUCUUAAGUUCUGUUUGUUCCAUUUCUACAUUUGUUUUGUAAUUCUUUUUUUAGGAAGUUCACACACAAAAUUGUGUGCAUUUCUCCUGAUGUAUGGUUGACUGUACAUGAUUUUGCCUAAUACAUGCAUUUUUGCAAGCAAUUUUCCCA